GUCAUGUUAGUGUGUUUGAAUAGGGACCUAUUGCCUUACUUCUGUCAUUAUCUCUCACUCACUCCCCAGAUGAGUCAGAAAGUAGAAUUCCUGCAAUCCCAGCGAGGUUUACUCAGAAGUUUUACUGCAGGUAAGUGUGCUUAGAAGAGCUAGUUGCGCAUUGACAACCACUUUUUGCUUAUUUAUUCACAUUCAUGCUAAACCCUAAGUCCCCAUUUCAAUUUUUAGUUGGCAGUUUAAAUGACGCCUGUAGCAGUCAUAAUUUAACAACCCUGCACUCAAUUUUUAAUGUCCCAGGAAAUGUCAGAUAUAUGGCAGUAUCUCACUUGGCAUCUAUUCUGUACGGCUUCACUGAUUUCACAUUAAACCCAGGUUUUAGUGGUUGCAGGGAGAAUUGUACCUCUUUUGCUUUUACAUAGAAUCAUAGAAUUGUGGAGUUGGAAGGGACCCUGAGGAUCAUGCAGCUGUCCCAUACAGGGAUCGAACCUGCAACCUUGGCAUUAUCAGCACCACGCUGUAACCAACCGAGCUACCAGUGACUCUCUGCAUUUUGGGAGGAAGACAACCAAGCUGUAUGUGACAGACUUGGCUUGCUAUGUGCAGCAUCUUCAAGCUGCAUCGGAAGUUAUAAUUACAAUGUUGAGGGAAUGUUCUUUCAUUUGUGGUGGACCUGUAAAAGGGUAAAAGAGUAUUGGGAAAUAAUCCAUAAUGAAUUGGAAAAAAAAAUGUUUAAAAGCACUUUUCAGGGGGAAAACUCAGACUCCUUUCUGUUGGGGAUAAUUCAGAUGGAAAUUCCCAGGUGUCAAAAAAGGUUAUUUAUGUAAGCCACUACUGCGGCCCAUGUUUUGUUAGCCCAAAAAUGGAAAAUGAGCAAGGUCCCAACUAAAGAAGAAUGACAACUUAAACCAGGAUUUCUCAAACUCGGCCCUCCAGAUGUUUUUAGACUACAAUUCCUAUCAUCCUUGACCAGUGGUCCUGCUAGCUAGGGAUCAUGGGAGUUGUAGGCCGAAAACAUGUAGAGGGCCGAAUUUGAGGAAGCCUGACUGAAACUGAUGAAAUAUGCACAACUUGUGGACCUAACAUAUAGAAUAAGAGAACAAGAAGAACAUACGUUUAGAGAAGAUUGGAAAAUGUUUAUUGAAUAUAUGGGGGAAAUUGCGUAUACUUGAAAAUGUUGGCAGCAUUAAGAUAAAUUCAACAGUGUAAAUAGGUUUUGAUGGAUGUAAUAAUGGAAUACUGAAUGGUUUAGUUUUUGUAAAAUACGCGGGGAUUUAUGAUAUGCAAAAUAAACCACGGGAAGAGAAGAAAGGAAGUCCUUGAUAUUUCAAGAAUGUUUAAAUGAGUAUUCAAAAUUGUAAAACAGAAACAAUUUCAUAGAAGACAGAAUUUCAAAAGCUGCCACUUCUCUUGGUUGCACAACAAUCAUGGGAUGUUAAUCCGGUGUAGGGCUGGAGAAGACCUUUAAAAGCCAUCUCUUGAGGGCCCUUUUAUAGAGACAAUCUGGAAUUUGAAGCUUCUCCGUUCGGCAGGAUGAUGAACGAGCCUUUCCUGGCCCUUCUUGCCACCAAGCAAUUUAAGGUGCAAGAACUGGCAACCACAAUAGAAUCCACUCGUUUAAAAGGUAAUAAGAACAGGAAAGAAUUCAUAGAAAGUCUAGCAGGUCAGAUACCCUUUUCCCGGGAAGUUCAACCCACUUAACCCUGCAUAGUAUAAACCUGCAUGAAAUCCAAAGCUGCCGGCAAAAUGAGUGAUGUUUACAAUCUACCAGGCUCAUGCUGCCGUCAAUUCCUCCAGUGCUGAAAUGAACCUAUUUCCUGGGCGAACUAUGAAGGAUGCUUACUAAUGCCAGCAAUGUCCCAGCAGUGCUUAGAACCAGAACAAGAAAGAUGAGCAGAUAAGUAGAACAUUAGCAGUGAUCCGAAAGCUGCCGGUUGUAAUAAACCUUGGGCCAUGAUGGGUUACCUCUGCCCUUUGGCACACAGGCAUAAUCUCUGGCUGAUCUUUAUGGAACGGGAUCAGAUGGGCCAGAGGUCUUAUAGACCACGAAAACCUCGCUGAGCAGCAAUGAGAUCCUCAUUUAGUCCAUCCAAGCUAAAACCAACUGAGGUCAGGAGGAACAUGGUAAACAUUCACCUGUGACAAAAUGCAUGUGGACACAGAGGGUUACUUUUUUGGCCAGGUUAUGGCAUCCUGUUUCUACUCCUCACUGGUUUCCCAGCGCCACUGCCUCCUGGCUCCCAGUGGUCAGUCGGCAUUCUGUGCUUACACAGGGACUGUUACCUGGUGACUGACUUUGCUAUGGUUUAUACGCCUGGUUUAGGAAACGUGUGUAACCGUCUCCAUGUCUCAGACUACAACUCCCAUAAACCCUAACCCAUGUUCCUGUAGUAAUCUAACACAGAGGUUACCAGAGCAUAGACAACUGAAGUUAGGCUAUCCCUUUCCAGAUAGGAGUUCAGCUGGGCCUUGUCAUAGUGGAUGGAAGGCAAUCUGCACCACUGAGGCCACCUGAACCUUCAAGAGACAGCAAUUGAUCGAGAAGGAACCUCAAGCUAAGUACCCACUCUUUAGAUGAAGCAUAACCCCAUCAAGAGCAGGCAACCUCCCAUCCACCUGAUCUAGGGAACCACUAACUAACUGUGCGUCCUGGAUGUCUCAAGGACUACCUGAUCCCUUAUAUCUCAGACAAUCGCUGAGAUUUUUGAGGCAAUCUCUGUUGCUCAGAUGCACAGCUUUCAGAAGCCACACAUUCAUGGUAGUGGACCAAAAGCCUGUUGAACUGUCUCCCAAUGGAGAUUAGACAAGCACUCUCCUUGUCCUGAACUUCAAGGGCUAUGACUUUCUUCUUCCGGUAGGCAUGUUAAGGUGGUGUUUGGUUUUUUGAUGAAUUUGUACGGUUUCAUUGUUCGGUUUUCUGUAAAUUGCUUUUGCGUGCACCGCUUAGAAAUGUGAACUAUUAAGUAGCAUAUAAAGGUCUUAAAUGAAUACUGUACAUGGUUAUAAUUAUUAUAACACAAGGAGUGUACACGUUACAGGAACGUCACACUUUACGGGGGUUUUUAAAAUUAUAAUACUGCCACGCAUUACAAGAGAUCACAGGGCAUUCGUUUUUCUGUCCAUUUCCGCGUUUCACCGUCAUCACAAACUCGUGGGAGAUGGUGCAUGGGGCUACAUCAGCACCAUAGAUUUCAAGAACUCUUAAACCACUUUUAAAUAACAUGGCUUCCUCCUCCCCUGAGAAUCCUGGGAAGUGUAGUUUGUUAAAGGUGCUGAGGGCUGUUAGGAGACCCCUAUCCCCCCCCCGCAGAGCUACAAUUCUCAGAAUAGUUUCACAAUCAAUCCCUCUUUGAAUGGAAUUAAACUACACUUCCCAUGAUUCUUUUGGAGGAUGCCAUGACUUGUUAGAGUGGUAUAAUAGAGGUUUAAAGGUAUGGUAUAGAUGUGGCCUGGAGGGGACGUGGGUGGCGCUACCACAGAGCCUAGGGCUUGCCGAUCAGAAGGUCAGCGGUUCGAAUCCCCGUGACGGGGUGAGCUCCCGUUGUUCGGUCCCAGCUCCUGCCCACCUAGCAGUUCAAAAGCACACCAGUGCAAGUAGAUAAAUAGAUACCACUCUGGUGGGAAGGUAAGAAGCGGCUUAGUCAUGCUGGCCACAUGACCCGGAAGCUGUACACCGGCUCCCUCGGCCAGUAAAACGAGAUGAGCGCCACAACCCCAGAGUCGUCUGCAACUGGAGCUAACGGUCAGGGGUACCUUUACCUUUACCUAUGGACGUGAUCUGGGUCACAGGUCGCAGAUAGCAAGCUUCACGGGGAAUGCCUCUCUGGUCUAGUUCUCAUAGCACCAUAGAAUUGCAGAGUUGGAAGGGUCCAAGAGCGUCAUCUAGUCCAAUCCCCUGCAAUGCAGGAAUCUUUGGAUUUGAACCCCCAGUCCUGGAAUUAAGAGUCUCAUGUCCUACUGACCAGGCUACCCUAGCUGUGUAUUCAAGCUGUGUCAUUUCAGAUUGCAGGUGGGUGCUUAAAUGACUACAUACCCGCCCACCCACAUCCUUCUUUUAACCCAGCAAUGCCUGAGUUACACUUUCACUGACAGCUAUUUUUUUAAAAAAAUAUGGCUACCGAACCCCUCCCCGCACCAGUAUACCACUGGUACAGCCCAGACUACAUCAGCACGAACCAGGUCUGCCUUUCCACCACAGCUCCAUCUGGAGAAUGGGGAUGAUUCUAUUAGCCUGCUUUACAGGGUCAUAGUAAGGAUUAACUGAGACAUGACACAGUUUGAGCACUUGAAAGGAAGCUUAACUGCUAUUACUAAUGACUGCAACUCAUACGCCAAAAAAAUAAAGCAUGGCUGACAGGUGCGAACAGGCUUGGAUUUGUUCCGAUUUAAAGUGUUCUCCUUGCCCGGAAUCCUUGUUCUUAAAUCAUCGUUUGGACGCAGCAGAUGUUCUCUCGGAAGUCCCACGGAAGCCCAUCCGACUCACUUCCUAAUAAGUGUUAUUUAGGGCUACAGAUCGAAAGCUGAUUGUCACCUACUUAACCAGCCACCACGCUUGGAGCCGCCGCAGAGCAGCGCCCCCUUAGAGGUGCAGUUGCGCAGCAGCUGAACUUUGGGAAACGGGAAAACCAAGCUGCGGAGCAAGCGCAGGGAAUACUGCUACUCAGAAGUAAGCCUGCCUCCAGGCGCUUGAUUGUUUGAUUCGGGUUUUUUUUUUAUGGGUGUGUGUGUCAGCGCACCACGUUGGUUCAGGUGAUCAGUUUCCUGGAGAAGUCUCUCCCGUUGCCAAAAAGGAUUUCCUCUCCUGGUGCCUAACCCAUCAAAUCUUGCCAGAUCUCAGGCAGCGAAGCUCUCUGCUGCUGCGCGAUCGGCUUGACGGCAGAAGUAGUAACCCUUAACGCACGCCCUUUUCUCCCCAGGGUGACGACUUGUCUCGAGACACUGAUUUCCAGCACACGCCUCCUUUUCCCAAUGUGAUCAUCUUCCUCUCUCGCAUUCACACACACAGACACAAACACACGCACAACCUGUCCUAAAGCGAUUGCCAUCCACUGCGGGUCUUACGCACCCAACCCCCACCAAGUAAAAAAAAGGCGCACGGGAGGGCAACCUUUGAAUCAUGGCUUUUCAGGUGUGCCCCCCCCCGUGUUACCAUAGAAUCAUAGACUCUUAGAGUUAGAAGGGACCCAGGGGUCAUCUAGUCUAACCCCAUGCAAUGCAGGAAUCUUUCCAAACAUAGGCUGCAUACACGCCCCCCAAACACAUUCGAAGCGCUCCCCCCCAAAAAAAAAUUAAAAUUAAAAAUAAAUUAUGGGCACUGUCAUUUGGUGAAGGGAAUUGGCACUCUGAGGCUGUCAAACUACAGUUCCCAGAACUCCUAUGAAGAGGAAAAGAUGCUUUAAAGUGUACAGGAUCAGGCCCAAGGGCGUUACAGCUGGGACUCUAAAAGCCAUCCUCUCCUCGGCUCUUGGGGUGGCUGAUGAAUGUGGGAAAAGCACUCCUGAUAUGCUCAGAGGCUGUUCUUUCAGUAACAGGUUCGGGAGCAGAGCUUCAUAACUUCGGUGUUUUGUGCGUGCGUGUUUUUACUUCAUACCGCCCCGCGUAUCCUCACAAACACUCAAGGCGAACCUCUUUCCCCUUCCCAAACUCAUACAGCUGCUCCCAAUGCAGAAAAUGGUGUUUGCGCGCAUUAUCCACUCCGGCAGGCUUUUAUCUAAAAUGCUGCGCUCACCGAUCAGAAGUGCAGGGAGCAAACAAGCCCAAAGCCACGUCGCCCCCGCACCAUUUUUAAAGUAGUGCCAUCCCUUGUAGAACCCGCAUAGGUAUGUGCGACAGCUAUUUAGUGGCAAAGGCAUAGGAAGGAAGACCUGUGCCUGGUCUGCCUCCCCAAAAAGCUGGGGUGGGGGCGGGGUAGAGCUAUUCCACAUAAUUUCAUAGCUUUCCAUAUAAAAUCCUCCACACUAAAAAAAAAACUAGCAAGCCAGGAAAAAGGACUCCAGCCGUUUCCCUGACAUACUAGCUUUCUGCGUGCAGGGACUCUUGCUUUAGUUCGUUGCUCAAUCAGGCGAGUCCUCACCUGGACCGCCCAGAGGCAGGCAGGUUGAUUGAGAAAUAUGGAGUUAAGUAGCUCCACAGACCACCUUGAGACUUAACAGUGCGAGUCUGCACGUUUGCUCUGAAGUCAAAGAGUCUCCCGUCGAAUUCCCCAGCCUGAGCACAGCACCGAGGCAUUCAGGCUGCGUUUGCCCCUGUGGUUUGGGAGGGAAGCUCCCGAGACGGCUCGAUCAUGCGACGUUCACGCGUCGUCCAGGUUUUCUCGAUACUAAAAGCUGCUGAACUUUGCAAUCCUGCGCUAAAGAGCUGUUCCUCCUUGCGAGCGCGUAGUUAAGUUUCUCUUUGCAGCUCUCCCACGUGUGAUAGGGGAGCGUGGGACAUUUCUGAAGGCUCCCCCCCCCAAAGUAAUCCAUUUUCCCUUCCCAUGCCUUGAGAAAGGGGCUCAGUUUGUGUGGCCCCCCGAGGGGGAGGGAGAGAAUGAGAAGAGAACGCGCCCGCUUCCUUACGAAGGAAGAACAACAAAGCGCCUUAAAGACUAGCAGAUUUUAUUGCAACACGAGCGAUCGUGCACUAGAUCCCACGUUUGGCACAGGCAUAUGGAAUGCUAUCCGGGGCUGGCGGAUCACCCAGGCACACGAUUCCAGCGGCGGGUGGGCCCGGACGGGGGAGGGAGGAGAAGGAACGGACGGGCAACUGAGACCCUCCAAAGCCUUGAAACGCUAAUAGGUCCGGGGCGUUUCUGCGCAAAGCCAACUCCCCACUCCUGAAGCCUCCGUGCGCGCGCGUUUGGGUGGCAGCCAGCUUCUUCCGCAAAGGCUUUCCAAAACACGCCCAUCUUAGGAGGGCUGCACACCUGACGGGCACCUCCGCCCUCCCCUCCCGCUUUAAAUUUUUUUUUAAAAAACCCAAUUCUUGUCUUCAGCUCAGCAGACACGAUCAGCGAAACCAAACGCGCUCUCCCAUAUUUGCAACAGCAAUGCUCGAAGGCUUGCUAUUAGCCGUCAUGGAACCAGAGCGCAAAGGGAUCCGCGAGGGUCAUCUAGCGCAACCCCCUGCCACGCAAGCCCUCCUAUUGGCAUCACCAUCGCGGAACCUAGAGAGGGGGCAAGGGACACCUCCCUCCAAGGCCAUGCAGUCCAACCUCCUCCACCCGAGCGGUUCCCCCAUCCCGUCUGAAACCACCCCGAACCCUGCUUAGCUUUGCAAACAGACGCGCGGUUUUCUUGCCGCGCGUCAAGCAUUAUUAAUUCUCCCGCCUCUCUCAAGGCUCCUUGCCCACCUGCUGCGCUUUGCUCCUCACCUCCUGCAACUCUCGCCGCCCCCGUCCCCCCCCGCCCCGCCCUGCCUUCCCAGGGUUGCUCCACCUCUUGUCACCCUUCCAAGGAAAAAAGGCAAGCCUCUCCAGGGACCCGAGGCGGGGCUGCGGCUUGCCCUUCCACCCUCCCCCUUAAUGCAUAUUAAUAGCAACGCAUGCGCUGCCUGACGUUUGCGCCCCCCCCCUCCUCCUCCUGCUGUAGCCAUGGGCUAGCAAGCAGCCGCAGCAAGCAGUCAGUUCAGUGGGGCUUGCAGCUCGGGCGAUCGGAUCCCUCCUCCUCUGGCUUCCUUUUUUUUUCCUUUUGGAGGGGGCUGGUUGCGCGCGUGCAAAUAGCCGUGGGCCCCCUCCUUUCUCUCCGGAGGGGUGUCGUCUAUGUGCGUGUGGCGGGGGGUGGGGAGGGGGGCUCAGGCCGGGUUAUUGUGCUGGCCGGGCUGGAGAGAGAGAGAGAGGGGUUGGCCGGUGAGCUCUGCAAAAGAGAGAAAAGCGAGCGGGCGAGGGGGGUGGGUGGGGGCGCGCGGAAUAACCAUCGCUAAUAAGAAAGGAAGAAAGGAAGGGUGGGGGUUUUUAAGAGACAGAGGCCAAGGAGAAUAAAAGGAGGCUGGGCUGCUUUGCAUUGAAGAUCGGGGCGCUAUUGAAAACCUUUUGAGAAGUGGCGUCUUCCACCCGCGCGCGCUUCCACCGGGAGAGCAUAUAUAUAUAUCUGGGAGCCGGGCAGCGGCUGCAAAGAGCGGCAGCGAGCCGGGGAGCGUCUCUGCGCGAAGGGCACUCUGCAAGCAAGAGGCAUGCUUGGCUCAAAGGGACCGCAGCUCACGGACUUCUCCUUACGGCUUCUCCUUGCCCUGUUAUGCUUGCGAGUCAAGGUACGUUUUUGGGGCAAGGCUCGGGCGUUGCUUCCCGCAGCGCAGCUCCGCGCAGAAACUCGCUUUUCGCAGGUUUCGGUUUUUUUGGGUUUUUGUCUCCCAAGGAAAGCUUUCGAUUGCAGAGCUCCUGCCCGCCUACCCAACCCCCCGCCCCAAGACAUUCGCUUUGACCGAUUUCCCCACCGCCCCCCGUCAGCUGCAUUUUUAAAAAAAUGCUUCUGCUAUGCGUUUUUGAAUUCGGGGUGAUGAUUUCUAGGGGGAAGCCAGGUUUCCCCGAGGACUUUCCCUUUCUUCUCCCCCCUAUACCGUCAGCGUUCCAUUUCUUUUUUCCAGAGGGUUUUGCUUUCUGAAAGCCUCGUAGCAAGCGGACUUUUCCAUGAUUGUUUUCAGGAGUGCGUCUGACUUGAUUAGAGUUAUUCGCUUGAGCUGUGCAAUGCUUUUUCUGCGCGGUGUUCCCUUGCUUGAAGCUAACGACCCUUUAACUCUUUUUGAGCGCUGAGAGGGAAAUAGCGACACGAUUUCCCUCUGGGAAUUGCCCCUAACAUCAGAAUUUGGGGGUGGGGGUGGGUAACAGAUGAGGGUUCCUGUUCGCUUUUUAACCUGUUGAAUCAAGGAGCAAUAGAAGCCUCCCCUUUCAUUUUUGCUAAACUUGUUAGUGGUUAUUUUUUUUUUAAAAAAAUAUAUAUUUAUUUACAAGCAACGUGCUAACGCUUCCUUCUCCUCUCUGCUUUCUUUGGGGGAACUUUUUUUUUUUUAAAUGACAAAAAAAAACAGGUGACCCUAACAUCAGGCCAGUUCGAGUUUGAGAUCAUAUCCAUGCAAAAUGUCAAUGGCGAAUUGCAGAAUGGGAAUUGCUGUGACGGGACCCGAAACCCAGCCGAUAAGAAAUGCACCAGAGAUGAAUGCGAUACUUAUUUCAAAGUUUGCCUGAAGGAGUAUCAGUCGAGGGUUUCCGCUGGGGGCCCUUGCAGCUUUGGGUCCGGAUCUACCCCGGUCGUCGGUGGGAAUACCUUCAGUUUGAAAUACAAUCGGAAUAACGAAAGGAACCGGAUUGUCCUCCCUUUCAGCUUUGCCUGGCCGGUGAGUGACUUGACUUUGCUGAGAGCAUCUUCCUUCUUCCUCGCCUUACUGUGCAUGGGGGCUGGCUGCCUUGCGGUCGCAGGCUUAGAGCCGCAUACGUCUCCGUCUGGCUAAGCUGCAACGGAGCUAGAUGGAAAAACCUAAGUGAAUUGGUGGGUGGGGGGAAAACCUGUGUGUUACAUGUAUAUGCAAGUCAUCCCCUGUCCCCAGUGUCCCGUCCCCCCGGAGAAUUUAAAAGGUCAGAAGUUCAUGCAAUUUAUUUAUUUUAUUGCUCCCCCCUCCCAAUUAGUUCUCAUGCCUAGGUGGAGGCAGCAGGGUCGGGUGGGGGGCGGCAGGCCGUGCGUUGGAGACCCCCUUGGUGGAAUGCUAUGGGGACCCCUCUCGCCCUACCCAGUGGCAUCUCUGGUGGUGCCCGUGGGAGCUGCUAGCUCUUCCCGGUUGCCAGCUUCCCCAGGAAUCCUGUUAGCGUGCUUCCUUCCCCAGCCCAGACCCUGGAGAAUCUCUGGGAGCUCAAUCAAGAGGAGAGACAUAACUCCCUCUGCCUUAUGCCCACCACCAUCCUUUGCUUGUUUCCCCUUCUCCUAUGAGAGCUUUACUGUUUUGCCUGGCGAGGCAAGAGAGCUGGAACCAUCUUCCCUUGGCUUGGGUAGCAGUUCCGGACCCUCCACCUGGAAAGAAGGGCGUGCACUUGGGAAAGGCGUUGGUCCUUAAUUGGCUGUGAAUGACCCAGUCUUCAAAUGGGCCGCACUUUCACCAAAUGCAUGUUUGCUUAAGUCACUAUUGGGCUCUUGAUAAUGCAGAAGGGGCCAUGCUGUUCGUCUGUGUCUGCCUGCCUGCCUGCCUGCCAGCACUGUAAAGCAGGAAUCUGCCGUCUCCCUUCAGGGGCGUAGCUGGACAGCAUCCUUUUAAACUCUGGGCCAGACAUGUGGAAUCCAUCUAAGAUCCCUCUUUAUGGGUGCUGAGCAGGUCCUGGUUGUGUGAAUGGGCAGGGAGAGCUUUUGAAAGAACAGCUUUGGGAGCCCUGCCUCCCUCCCUCCCUCUUCUUGAAAUGGAGGUCUCCUUCUUUAUUGGUCUUCUGGAAGAGGUGCAACUGUUGUCUCCCAAAUGAAUAUUCAUGCACUAGAUUGCAUUUUUCUGAUUGGCUCGCAAAGGGAGAUCUCGGGAGGAUUCAGUGGGAGGGACAGCCAAGUCCCUCCUCCCGUUUCUCUCUUGUGAUCCCAGCAACUCGGAGCACAACACAAAAUGCUAACCAUGUGCUCUUGUGCUGCCUCCUAUCUGUCUCUGCUGCAAUUAUCAGCGCACACACACAUCCUUCUGAGUCUUUCUUUCUCUUUCUUUUUUUUUUUAAAAAAAGAUCAUUAUGAUUUAGGGUGAAACUAAGUGCACAUAUUUAAGAAGAUUGCAUUACAAAGUACAAUAGCGGAGCUCACAAAAGUAUUCCCUGUUCGAUACUCUGAGCCUUGCUAGUUUGGUUUUGCUUGCAGGGAGAUAAAACUGUUAUCAAAUCUGCCAUCAAAGGGAUAAAAAAAGCUUAGUGGAAAUGUGUGGUAUCUGAAGUGCUGCCAAUGGCUGUCAACCUUCUCUUAAGAAUUCGGCCUCCUUUCUAUUCUCUUUUCUCUCUGUGUCUUUGUUGAGGAGCGGGUUCAUCCAGGACCCUUUUGGAUAGACAAAUCUUUUCUUGUGUGUGUGUCAUGAAACUGAUCUCUUCCCCCUCCACCACCAGCCCAUAAUCCUAAAAGUGACCGGUGCUUCUGUGAAAGCAAGCAGCAGAUCUGAUCCGCAAACACUGAGGUUGGCUUGAGUAAAGAUGCAGUCCCUGUGCACAGAGCCAUCCUAGGCGUGUUUACUUGGGAGUAAGCCACACUGAGCAAUGGCACUCAUGUCCCAGUUUAAGUUGCAGCCCUACACCUGGAAGAAACCUCCAUAGAGCCCUGUAGGGUUUGCUUCAUAAACCAUGCAUGCGAUUAGGCAGCCGACGCCUCCUCCCUCUACAGCAUCCCAUCUCUCUCCUUCCCAAAACAUUCCACCACCACCCCUCAACACCCGUCUGCUUUUUUUUAUGGCAUGUCUGCAUAUCCGGUGAGUCAGGCAUGAGUAAAUCCUAUGGUGAUCUUGUCCUGCCAGGUAAUUCCACCAGGUGUUCUUCUCUGGCUGCUACCUAUUGAUUCACACAUAAUCUCCUGCCAUCUACAGCACUGGGAUCCUAACUCAUGUGUGUGUGUGUGUGUGUGUGUGUGAAUGGAAUAAUACUAUAAGCAGCUGUAGGUUAGCAGAAGACUCCUUCAAGGAAUCCGAUUCCAAUAAAAAGCUGCGUUUUGAGUGUGGAUUUCUUUCUCACCUUUGUGCACAAAAAAAUCUACCUGGCUGGACCCAAGGUGCUUUUAUGAUGAAAUUCCUAGUUUCCAUUAGCUCAGUUGGUUUGGAGUGAUCUGCCUUCUUCCUCAAGGUUCUCAUGGCAUCUUUUGUUUGUUGUUUUGUGAUAGGAAUUACACAUCCCAGAUCCGAUGCAAGCAUAUGUUCCAGGCUGUGUUAUCUCCAAAGGCAACCCUGAGCUCCCUAGCUAAGCAGUCACUGCUGAGACUUGGGUUAAUUCCCUAUUCUGGUCUCCAUUCAACUGAAGAUGAGCCAGUUGGUCCUCAGCUUUUUCUUGUUUGGUGCAAACUGAGCAGUCCUGUUGGAAGCUGUUAGGAGCUGGUGUUAAUUUCAGAUUUGCCUCCUAACUUACAGUUGGCAAUUGGCAAAAAAAAAAAAAAAAAAUCUGGCUAGCUGUUAACUUUUCAAUCCUUUGUGAUUUUGGAGAAGGCUCUCCUUUUAAAAUAUAAUAAAAUACAGGCCCACAUUUAAAAAGGGCCCCACAUCUUCUCUUUGCCAGGACAUGUUAUCCACAUGCUUUCUGUCAAGAAAUAGUUCUAAAACAUUGCUUUGUGAGUGAAAAGCCCUUUGGGUCUCUUCCUUCUACAUACCCUGUAAUCCAUGCUGGAUAGAAUCUAUACUUCCUCAAGUAAAUCAAAAUGUGUGUGGGUGUGUAUGUAUGUGUGUGUAUAUAUAUAUAUAUAUAUAUAUAUAUAUGUGUGUGUGCGUGUGUGUGUAUAUAUAUAUAUAUAUAUAUAUAUAUAUAUAUAUAUAUAUAGUGUAGGUUCUAACCUGCAUGGUUUCUGCUCCAUUUAACAUACACACAGUUAACUACGUACAUGUGUAAUUAAAUGAAGUAGAGACUAGGAUUUAGAGUUUUGUUAUUAAAACUUUCCCCCUGCCCAGCCUAGGUUUUUAUGUAACCCUUGUGAGUAAUGGCUGUGGCGAUGGAGGGCUGUAAAUUUCCUUUUUUUUUUUUUUUUUAAGAGGUUGGAGGUUUGAAUAGGUUGCUAGGAAACGGGGCAGCGAAACAGCAUGAAGGAAAGAAAGGAGCCAUCAUCCCCAAGGCUGCACCUGCACCAACUGCUAAAAUGAUACAGAAAAAUGCGAUCGCAUAUUUUUGAAAGAAGCGUGACCUGCACUUUAGCCAAUGGAUAUUUGCGGAGUAAGCCUUUGUGUGUGUGUUUCCCAUAAGGAGGCCUGCUGCACACACCUCAGGAAACCCCUUGUUUUAUUGCUGGUUCAAGCAUUGGCAUGCCUUUGUUUAAAGCCCUCUCCCACACAAUGCCAAUGGCUUAAUCUAUGAUCUGUUUUGAUACCCUGAAAUGCUUUCCAGUGCGUGACUUUCUUUGUUUCACUUAAGUCAGCCUCCAUUAUUCAUUAAAUAGGACGGUGAGAAUUUCGUGUUUUCUCUCUUCGUAAGACAUUCCCCCCCCCCCCCCCGUGUUCAGGCAAGCCGGGAACAUUGUAUAGGUCAGAGCUGGCAUUUUUUCCAAUGCAUAUUCAAAAUUCGACAGCCCCCCCUCCAAAACCCCCCACGUUUACAUGGUGACCUUGCAGUUUGCAAAUAUAAAGCACUUUAUUUGUUUAUUUAUGAGUCAUGUUUAUUGGCUGCCUACUGAGGUGCUAAAAUAUCUUAAGUGCUUUGUUGCAAAUGGUUGUUGUUGUUGUUGUUUUAAUACAAGUUUUGAAUCUCCUGGUUGUGUGCUUUACACCCCUGGGUUGGAAAAAUGCUAGCAGCAGCAGCAGCAGCAGCAGCAGCAGCAGCCAGCUCUUCAACUAAACCAUACUCCCGUUCCAAAGAUGUUUUCUGGCUAGCUCCUAAGGCUGACUUUUGUUCUAGGAUCUGCUCUUGAGGAAAAGCAAAAAAAAAUGUUGCUGAGUUAUGCCAGGCUUUUCUUUGUAGACAGCCCUUCCCCAAAGGCCUUUUGUCUGGAUCUAUCAAAGGGUCUCUGACCCGAGGAGGCGAAAAACUGCUAUCAGAUUAUCGUUGAGCCUGUGAGAGGACUUCAACUUUCCGAAAGUGAAAUCUGUGACAACAAAGAAUUAGAGGAAACUUGCAUUUGGUAGGACUGAGUGCAUCAUGGGAACAGAACAUGAAAUGUGUGCUAUUUUUAAUGAGAGAGAGAGGGACUACAGUGGAGCAGAUAAUUGUUUGCAUUAAGUGUUUGAAAAGUAACCAAUUCUCCCAGCCUUGGGUUGCAGCCCAUUGGGUGAGGCUGGUAUUCUGAAGUUGAGUGCAUAUACUUCAAGUGAUCAGACUGCGACAAUAUUUUUACAUCCAUUGCCAUGAGCUUGCAUUGGAAUAUAUGAGUCUUGUAAGUUGACUCCUUUCUCAGAUCCUUCCGCAGCAAAAGCAGAGGGUCGAAUUGUGCCAAUCCUAAACGUGCUUAUAGGGAGCAAAGUUCCACUUUGUUCAGUAGGGCUUGCUCCCUUGCAAGUGUGCGUUUAGGAUUGCGGCCUAAGUAUACCUACAUCUGCAUAGGAUCCGCCUCUUAGCUUGGGAGCAGCUUCCAAGUAACUUUCUUGAAUUGCUGUGUUUUAUUCUUAGAGAAACUGCUGUGAUUCUGUUAACUUUAAAAGAGUCAAUUCCAGGGGAUGUUUCUGUUUGAUCAGGCAGAAGUCCCAUAAAUCUUCUCGUUCCUGAUUGCUCCAGUGGUGACUCACCGUCUUAGUAAAAUAAAGCCAUGCAUUUUUAGACUUGCUGCUUUGUUCCAUGACCAGGAUAACACACGCCAUGCCAGAGGUUUUUAUUUCCCCAAAGAAGGUGCUUAUCUGCGUUCUUGAAUGGAUCGAGGAGCUGGGACAUGUAUUUGGGGAUAGAUCUAGGCCUAGCUGCAGUUCAGGAAUCUUAAUAGUGUGCCCCAGAAGGGCACAGCGUUCCCUGAAAUGGUUAAAGGGGCUCAAGUGAUUUGGGACAUUGUCCCUUCCUACUCAGCUCUUCUCCAGGUAAAUGAGUCUGGAGAAGGAAAAAAAAAAAAGUCUUGUUCAGGCUUGCUGGGUGCAAAUCUGACUCUCUGCUUGACUGACUGCUAGGUAUUCUGUCUAUUAACCUUGUCACCUUGUUGUAACUGGUGCGUUUAAUUAUCAAAAGCGAUGCUUUAAACAGGUAGAGAGGCUAAAUGCUGAGAAUAGCGGGUAAUCUCCUUGCUGCUGAGGGGUUUAAACUGCCCACUGACAUCCUGGCCUGCUUGCAGCGUUUUCUCUGGGCGGUGAGGGGGAUGGGAGCGAAGCUUCUGGAGGAAAAGGCCGUCUGGCAAUGGGAUAAGGGGAGAUGGUAUUUCAGGGGGUUUUUUUAACAGUGGUCGGCUAUUGAGCCCCUUUGCAGCUGGGGGCUUCUUUGCAAGAACUGAUUAAAAACGAGGCGCCCCUAUUCCUUCUUAAAAUUAAAGCAUUUCCCCCAGAAAAAAAAGACCCCACCCUCUUCCUUUUUGUUCGAAACAUACCAGUUUGGUCAUUGGAGUAAUUGUAGUCCGACCACCCAGACGGAGGCAGUGGUGGCUAAUAUUAACCAAUGACAAUAAUGUGGCCAUCCUGACAGCAGGCAGGAUUACAGAGCAUAAUGGGGCCUGUCCAAAAAUAAUGCUGGGACAAGGCAAGCAACAGGAAGCAGCAGUAGACUCGGCGUAGCUUGGCUCCCGGACAAACCAUGGACUUGCUUUGCACAAUGGCUGCUUCAGCACAUCAGGCGUUUGCAGGAUAGUCAUUAUUCCAGAAGGCUUGCCAGGACACUCAUCGGCUCGGUUUAUGAGAGGCAGCGAGCAUGCGCACUCAGAAAUAAUACUUAGAAAAAGUGGUAUCCUCUUUCUCCGGUUUCAGUGAGUGCUUGGUCCUAAGGGCAAGGGGUUGGGGAAGGGGAAGGGAAAAGGGAAAAGGGAAAGGCACACUUAAGUUGCCCUCUUCCUUGGACGACAUGAAGCACCAUAAGGAUCCAUUCUUUAAAUACAGUGGUACCUUGGUUCUCAAACUUAAUCCGUUCCGGAAGUCCGUUCCAAAACCAAGGUGCGCUUUCCGAUAGAAAGUAAUGCAAAACAGAUUAAUCCAUUCCAGACUUUUAAAAACAACCCGUAAAACAGCAAUUUAACAUGAAUUUUACUAUCUAACAAGACCGUUGAUCCAUAAAAUGAAAGCAAUAAUCAAUGUAAAAAGGUAAAGGGACCCCUGACCAUUAGGUCCAGUCGCAGACGAAUCUGGGGUUGCGGCGCUCAUCUCGCUUUAUUGGCCGAGGGAGCCGGUGUACAGCUUCUGGGUCAUGUGGCCAGCAUGAUUAAGCCGCUCUGGCGAACCAGAGCAGCGCACGGAAACACCGUUUACCUUCCUGCUGGAGUGGUACCUAUUUAUCUACUUGCACUUUGAUGUGCUUUCGAACUGCUAGGUUGGCAGGAGCAGGGACCAAGCAACAAGAGCUCACCCUGUCGCGGGGAUUCAAACCACCAACCUUUGAUCAGCAAGUCCUAGGCUCUGUGGUUUAACCCACAGCGCCACCCACGUCCCUAAUAAUCAAUGUACUGCACUAUAAAAUGAAUAAGAUAGUAUUGUAGAUGAUAAAAAUUAAUUUUUUUUCUUACCUGCAUUGAUGAUAGUCAUUGUUUGGAUGGGGGGCUUUUAUCCAUUUCCGCAGUCACACAAUCAAUCAAUUAGUAGCUGAACUGGGUUCCACAGUCACAAAAACAAAUGAACAAAAAAAAGCCUCAGAAACAAAAACCAUAAAAUAAACAGCAAAAACAAAAGCACCAAACUUAAUCCCUUCCGGAAGUCCAUUUGGCUUCCGAAAUGCUCGAAAACCAAGGCACAGCUUCUGAUUGGUGCAGGCGCCCCGGAAACAAUAGCCAACAGCCGCAUCAGAUGUUUGGCUUCCGAGAAUCGUUCAAAAACCGGAACACUUCCGGGUUUUCAGCGUUUGAGAACCAAGGUACUACUGUAUUGCUUUCCCCCCUCCAAAGGCCUUUGUAGGUCUUGCCUGUGUUCCUUCCUUAUCCCCAGUUGCUGCCUUGGCGGUGCAAUUCCUCAAGCUCUGUGUACUUGCCCCUCUUGGUGGGUGUCAUGUGAUCUGGGAACGAACAUGCAUGGCAGGGGGUUGGGCUCGAUGACCUUCGGGGCCCCUUCCAACUCGGCAGUUCUGCAAUGCCAUGGGGCAAAGUGUUCAGCAGUUUGUGUGCUUUCCCUCCUUGUUCUCCAGGCCCGAGGGACCUGGAGGAUUGCCAUCCGCACUGUGUUUUAACCAAAUGUCUUCACCUUGGCACUAUGUGAAGCUGAGCGAGAACUGGUCUGAACACAGGCUGCUCUGGGUUGAGGGCAAUGGGUUGAGAAUCUGAAGCUGCCCUGCAGCCAGAUUUCCUUUGGGAUCUUCUGAUCCUUGUAGGUGCUGAAACAGGGGGUUGUGGGUGCAGGAAAGAAAGCCUUCAGAGCUUCUUUUCCCUCUGUCUUUUCCAGGUUAUUAUGUUCAAGUAGUCCUCCACGUGGGGCAGUAGCGCAACAGGUUUCAACUCACUGGCUCGCUUUUCUGUCCCCGAACGAGGAAACGAAUACUCUUGUGAUUUGGCACACGGCCCUAACUAUAGGCAUGAAGCAGAAGGAUUGGCUAGGACCGCAGUUAACCCUUUCGGCUUGUCCUUUGCUGGAGAUGCGUUCAAGGUCAAAAGAGGCGCUCUGCUCUGUAUUGUCCUUGUCAGGGAAUGGGCUUCUGCACAUGACUCUCCUACUUCCUUCCACCCUGUGAGAACAGGUGUGCAAGAUGCACUCGAACAAAAACCUUGUAACAGUAGUCAACCUAUGGGUAGCUUGUUUCCACCCAAGGAGUUUGGGCACAUCCAUUUUUGGCCCUUUAAGAUUACAUCUGGGCUUUGGGUCUCCCUCAAUGUUCUCUCUCAGAAUAGAGGUCCAAACUGGAUAUCAGUAGCAUGGUUUCUAACCGCAUAGGGUUGGUUUGUUUUUUUUAAAAUUAAAUAUGGGGCACAGCGCCCCCACCACCCCAUUUUAAUUGGGGCUACACUGAAUCAGGAGGUCUUCAGCCCUGAUCCCAACAUACACACACAGAGAGCACUUCUAUGAAGCUUGGGAUGGGGUUGAAGUUCUCAUUGGCCCAAUGGGAGACUUUUUCCUUAGGGGUCGGAAAUCUGUGCCCCUCCCUCACUCUGUCCAGGUUGUUGGGCUCCAUUUUCCAUCAGUACAAGCCAGCAUGGCCAGGGGUCUGUUGUGAUGGGAGUUCUUGUACUCCAGCAAUGCCCAGAAGAUUCCCCAUCCGUGAUCUCAGCCUUAUAGGGGAGGAUCAUCGAGGUUGUGGCUGGGGAAGGAAGUGGUGUGGCCCCGCGGAAAUGCCCCCUCCCCACAAAUGCCUGGUAUGUAAUUAAAAAAAGAGAAAUGGACGUGGUUAGCAGCCGAGCUGUUAAAGUGAUACCUGGCUUGGUCCAGAGGUGGGACCAGGAGGAGAAGAAGUGGUCAUCAUGCCUGACCUUGCUCCUUCUCCCAAGGUUGGGGGAGAGGGGGCCUGGUGCACAGAAGCGGACAUGUGUUUGCAUAUAACACACUUGUGCUCUAAAACAACAACAACAAAGCCCUCCUGCACUCUUUUUUUGGUCAAGAAGCCCAAUUUAAAGAGUGCAAAAUGUUGUCUCCACUGGAAAGCGGUUUUGGGGAGUGCGCUCCGGAUUACGGAUUGCUUUAGCUGGUUAUUCAGGGUCCCAUCUGCACAAUACCUUCAAAAUAUGACCGCGCCAUAAAUGGUCAAGACUUGCCCCAAAGCAUCCUGCGAACUGUUGCUUCCUAAGGGGGCUGAGGUCUGUCAGGAGACCCCUAUUCUCCUUGCAGAGCUGUGGUUCCCAGCACUCCCUGCAGAAGAGAGAUCGAUUCUUAAAUCCCUAUAGGAAUUCUCGGUCCGUGAAGGGAAUGGGGGUCUCCUUACAACUCUCGGCAUCCGUAGCAAACCCAUAGCGAACUACUUUCUAGGAUUCUUUGGGGGUAGUCAUGCUGGUUGUUGUCUGAUGGGAGCUGGAGUUUGGCAAGCUGGAGAGGAGGUUGAAGAGAACGAGGAGAACUAGGAAGGCUGCAAGGUGGGAUAAAAAGGUAAAGGGACCCCUGACCAUUAGGUCCAGUCUUGACCGACUCUGGAGUUGCGGUGCUCAUCUCGCUUUAUUGGCCGAGGGAGCCGGCAUACAGCUUCCAGGUCAUGUGGCCAGCAUAACUAAGCCGCUUCUGGCGAACCAGAGCAGUGCACGGAAACGCUGUUUACCGUCCCGCCUGAGCGGUACCUAUUUAUCUACUUACACUUUGACGUGCUUUCGAACUGCUAGGUUGGCAGGAGCUGGGACUGAGCAAUGGGAGCUCACCCCGUCACGGGGAUUCGAACCGCUGACCUUCUGAUCGGCAAGCCCUAGGCUCUGUGGUUUAACCCAUAGCGCCACCCGCGUCCCGCAAGGUGGGAUAUGAUACCCUUUAAAUACAGGGGAACCUCGGAAGCUGAAUGCCUUUGAACUUGAAUGUUUCAGCUCCGAACGAUAGAAACCCGGAAGUGAUUGUUCCAGUUUUCAAAUGAUUUUUGGAAGCCGAACAUCCUGUGUGGCUUCUGCUGCUCCUGAUUGGCUGCGGGAUGCUUCUGCAGCCAAUCAGAAGCCCUGCCUUGGUUUUCGAACUGUUCCGGGAGUCAAACGGACUCCCAGAACGGAUUAAAUUUGAAAACCAAGGCACAGCUGUAUAGGGAUUUCUUGCUGCAUUGAGUGUUGCAGCAGAAUGCAUUGUUCUGAGGCACUUUUAAAUGCUUGGUCCCAAGUCGUGGGAGAGCCGAUCUGGCUGAGAGCUAGUAAAUCCAGACUCGCCGCAUGUUGAUGCUGCGUCACCCAGCAUGAGCCAGACUUGAACUCGGGACCUUCAGAUAAAAUCUGAGUCACAAAGUACAGUAAGGCAUUCUGGCUCUUUGCUGAGGGGAAACAAAACAAGGGUGAGGUGCGUGGGAAUGCGAACCACAGUCAGCGAGAGUUGGAGUCGAAUCCUUUCUUUUCCCAGGCUUGUGGAAUGCAGUUUGGGCCACAGAGAUCUCUUUACCAGUUGCGGAAAGGGGGAACGCUGCAAAAUGACUUGAGAAGGAAGGUUUUGGAUUUGAGCAGGUGCAUUGAGGUUGUUUCCUGUGGGGAGUCCUAAAACCUUUCAAUUGGCUGUGAAAUCUCGUGCAACUGGGUACCGGUAUAUUUGUGGAUCAAUAUAGUCUUUUGUUUUCAAAUGGUACCCAACUUAAUUUUGUUUCUAACAUUUUGGGCAGGAACCAGGGGCACUCUUUUCUGAAAGGCCUCCACAAUCACUUGGCCAGAAUUUGCAAGUCCUCUUAAAUUUCUGCCCAGGUUUGCCUAGGUUUGGCAUGGCCAGUGAUCAGGAAUUAUAGGAGUUGUAGUCCAAGCACAUCUGUAGAUUCACAGAUCUUCCCCACUUCUGGCCUGAGGCCUGAAAGUUCUCACCUGUAAUCUGAUCACAUGCUUAGCAUAAUCCUUUCCUUUUCCCCACACCUGGGAGUGUGUGGUUAGCUACCAACAAUGCCCGUGAAAACCCAAUGAGGAUAUCAGUGUGUGGGAGAGACUAGGAUUGUGUCGUUAAAAAAAAAACCCAACCUGUUACCACUUUAACAGCCAUACUUUGCUCUUUUAAAGGAGAUCUUAUCAGUAGUGUGUUGGUUUUUUUCUUUCAGUUUUGUGCUGGACUCCAUUAGUCCUGCUCUGCUGUGGCCAGCUUUUACAUCUGAGAUGGGGAACAUGUGUUUCUCCAGAUUCUUCUAAACUACAAGUUCCAUCAUGUCAGCUCAUUUGCCAUCCUGGCUGGGGCUGCUGGGCAUUGGAGUCAAUGACAUAUGGAGGGCCACAGACUAGCUCUCUCAUUCCUGUGCUGCCCCUGUAUUGCUGUGUCCAGCAUGAAAUAAUAAUAAUAAUAAUAAUAAUAAUAAUAAUAAUAAUAAUAUUUCUACCCUGUCCAUCUGGCUGUGUUGCCACUCUGGGCGGCUUCCAACAACAACAACAAUAAUAAUCAUUAAUAGUAACAAUCAGAUCCUACAUAAAAAGUCACAAUAACUUUAAAAUAAACAACUUAAAUAAAGCAAUAUUCAGCAAUCCAUUGGAAUCCAAUAGUAAACAGCAACAGAAGUGCAGCUGCUUCUGUGAUUUUCACCCAUGCCUUUUUCUGCGCAUCUUGUCCUAGCAAACACAUUUUGCAACACAUUUUGAAUUAGUGACACAGGGCCAGGUCUGCUGGUGAUAUGGGGCUGCGGUGAUGUGGUCUGGUGCUGGUGGUGGUUUGGCAGGGUUGUGGCAGAAGCAGGCAGUGUUGCAAGGAGAGCACGGUGCUACCUGCCUCAUGAUCCGUUAUCCUAGCAAAGAAGGGCGGCGUUGCAUCUUGAUCCAGGUAAACCUGCCCUGCCAUGAAAGGGAUGCAGAGAGGAUUGGAGAAACAGGUCCCUGGGGGCCCUCAACAGAUUUUGUCACCCGUUCCUUAACCAAUAUGUGUGCGAAGGCAGCAGCUCUUGGCUCUGACUAGGUUGCUCUGUCUCUGCUACUGGUGUGAGCUCAUAUGCAACACACACACCCUCCCAGCAUUGGAAAUUCGCCAGGCGCAUUUUGCAUCUGGCUCUUGCGACCAAGUGAAGAUGCUCAGCUGUCAGAAUGGUACCUCAUGUCUCCACCAUCUCAAGCUCUUUGCCUGAGGAUCCUGGGAUCUGGCCUGCUUUCAUGCACAAGCUACGCUUCCUGUAAAAUUCUGUCCAUUGUAUGUUAACUGCGCAGUCAGAAUGAAUUUCGGGAAACAGAAAGACGUAUUCAAAAAAUGUGAUUUUUGAGCCGUCUGGCCCAAAAUGGCAACCAGGCUUUCUGUUUUGGUGACUGUAACUUUGGUUUAAGGAGCCAUUUGGCACCCAGAUUGCAUAUCUGGGAUCUGCUGCCCGGUGGAUCCUGCAGCCUGAGGUGGCCGCCUGGCUCUGACUGGGUUGCUCCAUCCAUGCUCACCAGCGUGAGCUCAUAUGUCAUGCAGAGAUCCUCCACAUGGAAAGCAACAAGUUGGAGAGAAGGAUUCUUUGAGAUCUAGUCUGCUGUGUGGAAGUUAUUUUUGUUGGUGGUUCUUUCGACCAUUCGCAGCCUAAAGUGGUGCAGCUUAGACAGAGGUUGGCAUGCCUUUUGGGAUUGUCAUAUCAAGAUAUACAUGGGCACCCUGUUCACGCACAGGCAGUAAAAGGAUAGGGGCACUUGUGGCCCUCUGGGGGCUGUUGGACUCUGGUCAGCCCCAGCCAGCAUGACCAAUGGUCAGGGGUGAUGGGAGAUGUUGCCCAGUAACACCAGGAGGGCCACAUGAUGGUGAGCGGCUUUGAACUCGAAGGUCGUUGUCGGAAAGACGGGGUACAUAAUUAAAUUUAAUCAGAUAGAAAAGCAAGUUCCCCACCCAUGGUUUUGCAGCAUGCAAAAACAAACCGGUGCAGAUGUAACCAUCCAUUGCAUGAACUCCCUGAUGCCACAGGGGUUGUUGCUAGUGUUAGAAACUUGGGUAUAAAAGCUAGGGGCCAAAUGGCUUCUUAGCCCAAGGGCACAGUCCCCAAAAUGGAAUACAGUGGUACCUCGGGUUACAUACUCUUCAGGUUACAUACGCUUCGGGUUACAGACUCCGCUAACCCAGAAAUAGUGCUUCAGGUUAAGAACUUUGCUUCAGGAUAAGAACAGAAAUUGUGCUCCGGCGGUGCGGCAGCAGCAGGAGGGCCCAUUAGCUAAAGUGGUGCUUCAGGUUAAGAACAGUUUCAGGUUAAGAAUGGACCUCCGGAACGAAUUAAGUACUUAACCCGAGGUACCACUGUAUCUAGUGGUCAUUUUUUGGGUAAGACAGCUCCAAAGUCUUAUUUUUCCAAAGAUCGCCUGACUGUGAUUGAUUGCUGGUUCAGAUGACAACCUUGAGCUCGGUUAAGAGCUCUGAGAACUUAAAGAAGAAAAGCCACUUGAACCUGGAACAGUCCAUAUGUGUGUGUGUGUGUGUGUGUGUGUGUGUGUGUGUGUGUGUGUACUGUUCCAGGAUCAAGUGGGAGAUAUAGAUAUAGAUAUAGAUAUAGAUAUAGAUGAUAUAGAUAGGCCUAUUCUGACCUCUUUUUCUGAAUGGGUGACUGCUACUCAGGUUGCACAGAAAAAGCAAUUUGGUUCCGGAAAUUCAUUCCGAUUGUGCAGAUAAAAUAUAACUGGUAGAAUUCUGCAGGAUGGGGUAUUAGUGUGUGAAAACAGUCCAGAUCCAAUGAUCCCUAGGUGUGCACCUCCAGGUGGUGGAAAUGUCAGGUGGCACCCAAGCAGCUUCACUUGGUCACACCAGUUGAUAGCUGGAUGCCAAAUGCGCCUGGCGCCUGGCUAAUUUUGAACACUGAUGGUUGCUACGUGGCCAGCGGUCAGGGGUAAUAUGGCUUAUGGUCCAUAAGAUUCUGAAGAGUCACCUGCUCCCCAUCCCUGGUCUUCAUUGUGCAUCAAGUUCGAUGACAUGACACAUGUGCAUUUUUGGUGCCGGGCAAAGCAUAGAGGUCUGGUCUCCCGCACUAAAAUGUUCCCGUAACCUAAACUUCAAGGUAGGCUGUUUUCUUUUGUUGAGCCCUCUUAGAUUCUUUCAUUAGCCUCCUGCCUUCUGGUUCCCAGUUUUACUAGCUAAUUAGGUGUCCCUCUGUCUCCUAGCUCAGUGUCCACUCGUUGCCUAGUAGCUUGGUUUGAUGGGAUAAGAUUCAGGAUGUGGAAUUCUUGUGCCUGACUGGUGUAUUUAUUCAAAGAUGUGCAAGGGUCAGACAUGGCAUGGGAAAAAUUAAGCCUCUGUGCCGUAUGCAUGCAUUCCUCGGCUAUCUUAAUUGCUGAUCUCUAGAGUGGGGAUUGAUGUACACCUCUUAACCCUCUAUCAUCUCUGAGGUGCAUGGCUUUGAAAGCAAGGAGGUUGUAUUUGGGUGCUAGCAGAAUCCCUCCCCCCCCCCCAGUUCCUAACAGGAACAGAACCCAAAACGCAAAUUGAGUAUCUCUUUGAAUUGUGGAAGGGACUGGUCUACAAGAACAGGAGAACUUGCUGUGUGAAGAAUUGUUUUUUUCACACUCUUGCUUACUGCUACAAGUUUCUGAGUGGACACGCUCUUAAUUUGAGCUGAAAUUAAUGACUAUCGGACCUUUCCCGAUAUCGUUGAGGGUGGACACUCACUGCUAGAGUAGAAGUGAUUAGUGUUGUUGUCUAGUGAAGUUCACAAAUGCCACAAAUUUGGCAGACCUUUGAGGUGUCUUGAGACUCUGUUUCAGUGCAGAAAAUAACUUUCUUGAGUGUGUGUUUGUCGGCUGGUUGUUUUAUUUCAAAACUAAAAAAACAACAACAACACCCCAAAACAAAUUUGCAAAGGGCCGUAUUGGAAUGUGGCAACGCCAGGUAUGAAGUAACAGUAGCACUUUCAGCAAAAAUAUUCUGCUUUUCCUCCCUCCCCAUCUGCCCGGGGUGGGGCAGGCCAGUAAACAAUACUAAGAAUGAGCAGGAACUGUUGCUAUGCCUUAAAACAGAACAUCUUCCCAAACGAUUAUGCAAGGCUGCAGUGAAAACAUCCUCUUAACUGAAGGUAGCAGGAGUGACCAUAAUUGGCUCUUUGUUUUUUGGUGUGGUAUGCUUCCAACUUGCUCUAACAUGUUUUGGCUCUGUGCAUUGACUCAGGAGGAGUGUUGCUGCAAUUAAUCCAAGGCGGAAGGCUGCCUUGACAGAUAGAACUGCCUCCAAGUUGAGCUGAAUGUAUAUUUAUGUUCUGGCUCUGGCAUCUUGUGCUGUGUGUGUGUGUGUGUGUGUGUGUGUACACUUGAUGGAAGGAGGGUCCUCAAGUGUGUGCUUUAAAAAACGUCUGUAUGUUGCGCAGGGAGAAAGGCCUGUUUAGUACGCAGCGCUAAUGAAAUAUGAAUGCAAUAAUAAAUAACGAUAAUAAAAAAAGUUUGGCCACUCAUUGCAAGAUGGGGCACAUGUCUCUACUUGCCCAACUUUUGCUUACUUUUCCAAGCAUUUUCCCACAGUUAUCAGUGAACGAAAUGGAAUCCUCGUCUGCUUUCAAUAUGAAACAUAUUUAGGCUGCAAUCCAACACUGUCUAUUUAAAAAGCAAGCUAGACUCCCCCCUCCCCCCCAUUCAGAGGCUGCAUGCUGAGCUAAGUCGUGAGAAAUGAAUUUGCUUUUGAAUUCUUUUCGCUCUCUCUCUCUCUUUUUUUUAAAGUCAGCGUUAUGCCUUACACCUUGCAGUUGUUUACUUUUCUUUCAGGGAAGCUGUUUGUCUCUGCAAAAAACCUAAUUCCCUUCUCGCCACCCUUGCAAAUGGAUUGAUAGCCAGUGCUAACAAUGUCAUUAGUCAGAAGGCAAACUUUAAGCUUAUGAGUCACAACUUUCUUUUCUGCUGCCUGAGUUAGAGUCUUAAGUGUAAUUUCCCUUUCGCCCACGUCCCACGAAGCUAAGGUGACUGAACACUGACACCUGGUCACCGGAAUAUUUUGGCACACUCCCAAUGUGUAGGCUUGUGGAAUUGUCCGGCUGAGAAACCAAGCUUGUUCAUUGUCUGUGUGUCUAAAUUUCUAUCCCUUGUGGUCAUUGUAAAAACUUCAGAUUUUCCAACCACAACAACUUCAAUCUUUGCAUGACUACAGGACUCUUGGUAUUUCUCUCUCUCUCUCCUUUUCUUUCUUUUUUCUUUUUAAAAAGACCAUUUAAAACACAGACGACCACUCCAGAUGUGUCAGGGGAAGGAUAGUGACUGAAAGCGCCACACACAUUUUAAUGUGCAGAAAGAUGAACCAGGGGCUGCCUUGGCAUCGUACACCUGCGUGUCCCACAAUUCUCACCAACAUUUUACAGCAUGUUGUAGCUUGCCGUCUUGUAAAAUACAUCACUUAAGACUUGUAGCAUUUGAUGGUAGGCUUCGUAGAAAACAUCCCUGUCCCUGAAUUAUCGUGGGUUGGUGUCUGUGUGUCCUUCCUCCUUCUUGCCCCUCCCCAUGCCACACUUUUAACUGAAGUUUUCUGAACUUGUGGGAUGGAAGGAGGAGGGACACAUGAAGAAAGUGUGAUUAACUCUUGAAGAUUUCUUUCUCUUUCUCUGCUCAAGGCUAGGGAUAAAAGGUGCUUUGGUUUAGUUAGCAUCCUUCUUGCUUGAAUAUGUUUGGCUUGUGUACAUCCCAAGUGCGCAGGUGGCAGUUAGCCUUUUUAUUUCUUCCCUCUUACUCCAAAGAGGUUUAGGGUUGGGUUUUGAAGUCCCCCACCCCUUUCCUUUUUCUUUUUAAGACUGCUUUAUGCAGUUCUCUCCCUCCUCCUCCCUUCCCUUCCUAGAUUCACCCGUCCUUUCCUUUAGUUACCUGAUACUUGUGGGAGCAGCGAUGGCUUUGCCACAGACAAAGCGUUCAAAGAGGUGCUGAAAAGCAGAGUCUCUAGAGAUUACGGUUCUGAACCUUGACAGUUACAAUCCUUAGCAACCUGGCUUUGGGCAUGCAGAAUGGGGAAAUGUUGGGAUCUUGCAAAAAAAAAAAAAAAAAAGGUUUUAACCCCCCCUUUUUUAAAAAAAAUAAAUCCUCCUCCUUUGGGGGCCACUUUCCUUCCUUUACAGCGUGCUUAAGAAACCACAGCGACAUCUCAGCUGUGCAAGGCCUCAAACGGUGGAUGCAGAACUUCCUGGUUAAGAAUGUGAGAUGCAUUAGCGAUGACAAAGAUAAAGAGACCUUUCACCUUAAAUUGCUCGAGUCAGUCUGGAUAAGGUAGCUUAGUCAGACUGGAUAAGGUAGUUUAAGCAGCUGCAAGAGGAUCACAUUUGUCUCGGCUGUAAUCUAUUGCCUAUUUAUGUUUAGAGGAGCACAUGAUUGUCAGGAAAAUGCGUGCAGAGUCGUUUCUCCAAAGCACGCUCUAAUAAAAAGAUGGCAGUGGCUCCAGUAAGCCUCAUUACCACUAUUUCUAUUUUUUGAUACUAACAUGGUGUCUUUUGCUGUCUUUACAGAGAUCCUACACGUUGCUCGUUGAAGCCUGGGAUUACAGUAACGACAGUGUUAGUAAGUAUGCACAUGGCCUUUUUUGUGUGUGUCUCCUCCGUUUGCCACCGAGCUGUCUAAAAGCAAGCAGCAAGGACAGCUUAAAUAGAGGAAUGGGCUGGAUCUUUGCAGAGAUUCUGGGUCGGAAGAAGUAUGCACUGAUCCUUUAUGGGAAGGGGCAAAUGGAAGGGUAUGAACCAGCCCCCUCAGACGUGGGAGCCUCCUGGUGUUUUGUAGUUCAAAACAUCUAGACAGUUCCAGGUUGGAGGCUGGUGUGGAGCUUGUCUGUUUCAGCCUGAAUUCCGUGCAGGAGACAAGCUUAAAAAGGUAAAGGGACCCCUGACCAUUAAGUCCAGUCACAGACGACUCGGGGGUUGUGGUGCUCAUCUCGCUUUAUUGGCCGAGGGAGCCGGCGUACAGCUUCCAGGUCAUGUGGCCAGCAUGACUAAGCCGCUUCUGGCAAACCAGAGCAGCGCACGGAAACGCUGUUUGCCUUCCCGCCAGAGUGGUACCUAUUUAUCUACUUGCACUUUGACGUGCUUUCGAACUGCUAGGUUGGCAGGAGCAGGGACCGAGUGAUGGGAGCUCACCCCGUUGCGGGGAUACCAACCACCGAACUUCUGAUUGGCAAACCCUAGAAGACAAACUUAAAUUCCCCUAAUUCCAGGGUGAGCUUCACUUGAGAUGAUCUGCACACAGCGAGGGUUGCCCAGUAAAAUGGCAGCUGCCUGAGCCUCUGAGCUGAAAAGACCCAUCUGUUUGGAGAAGCAAUCUCCAUGCUAUGUUAGAAUCCACCAGUAGACCAUGGGUCGGUUGGUGCAUUGCCAGUAGCGGGUAUUAGGAUGAUGGCAGGGAAUGUCCCCCAGAAAAUCGCAAGUGUUCUGUGCUUCCAAGUCGAGCUGAAAUCCACAGAUCUCCAUGCGAGUGGAAGUUCUUUGGUGUGUUGUGGUAAAGGUGACUGGAAACAAUGCUAUUCAGCCUCCAGAGAGGCCAGGGUAGUCUUCCAACAACAUCUCAGUUUGACAUCAGCAACAAUGGCACUACUUCAGUCAUUUCUGUGCAUGAGAUUACGAGCAGUCCGCCCUGCCAUUUCUCAGAAGGCUGCAAAAUUGUGUGGAAAUAAACAGGUUUUGCAGUGGACUCGUAGGUGCAGUCGAUUCAGAAUUUCUCACAAACAAGUGUGCUUUAUAAAAACGCUGAUUCAAAGAAACCAUUCUGCAGAAUCCUUUUCAUCUUUAAGUAAAGCUUUAAAAUUUGGUUCAUGUGGUUGUCUCUGCUGUCCCUUUUCCAUGACUCAAGGGGCAUUCAAACUAGUGCCCCCCAGAUCUUGCUGGAUUCGCACUCACAUUCACCCUAUGUUUGCGACCCAUGUGCUUCACAAACAUCCUACAGCCCCUUCAUGCAGUUUUGUUGUGCGAGUACCAAUUUACAGAUGACCUUUUGGCGGCUCCUAAAGCAUACCCCAAUCACGAACGUUGCGUGAUUCCCAUGUAGCGAAAGAAACGGACAGUGGGAAUGGCACCGUGUCGAGAUGGGUUUGGCUAAACUGCCAUUGAAACUUGUUGCUUAAUGGGCGUUUGAUUAGAUCCCUUUUCCCAUAGAGAUACUUUGGAUCCCUUGUGAGUUGAAUGUUUUGGCUCCUGAACGCCACAAACCAACCCAGAAGUGAGUGUUCCGGUUUGCGAACAUUCUUUGGAAACUGAACUUCUGAUUGGCUGCAGGAGCUUCCUUCAACCAAUUGGAAGCUGCGCCUUGGUUUCCAAAUGUUUUGGAAGUCAGACGGACUUCCGGAACGCAUUCUGUUCGACUUCCGAGGUACCACUGUAUUGGUUGCAUCUGUAGCUGCCCUUGCUUUUCAGAGGUAAAUGAGAGCUUGCGGUACUUUCUCCAGAUGUGCCCCAGCCUCAUCUCUUACUGCUGACACUGCAACUGCCUGUCGUCUUAAAAGGCUGCUUGCUAUUUGCAUCCUGGCCUAUGCUCAGAAGUUGACAGUUUUCUCAGUCUUGCUGUUGCCCUUCUUAAACCAUAAAUAUUCAACGGUAUUAUCUGUCGUGACUGUUUGCACCAAGUUGGGCGGAAGGUUCUACUUGGGUUUCCCCUGUCGAGGCUAAAAGUAUUCCAACAUUUUCACGCUUUGCAUACAAAAAUGGCUCCACGGCUAGGAUACAGGCAGGCCAAGUGACAUGGCCAAAAUACGUACUUCAAUUGCACAGAAUAGUUUUCCUAACAUAUAUGAAGUGCUUAGAGUAAUUGUGCUUGACUUUAAGAGAAUCCUGUAAAUCUGGUGUUGCUACUAUUCACAUAUCGCAGAUGUGAAUCAUUUUAUAGGGAAGAAAACUCAAAUGAUGUGCUCAUUGUAAAACUCUUCUCUCCUAUCCAUGCAAUCUUGGUCAUUCUCUUCCCCAAAUCAUUGUGCAAAAUUAUCUUCCAGGGAAAGCUGUCUUAACAGCAACUGUCCAAAUGGGUCUUGUUAGAGGCAGCUUAUUAAGGUAUCGCCAUAAAGAUAAAAACAAAACAAAAGACGUUGUUAUGGUACUGCAAAAAGAGUCACCCAAACACUUUGGUUCCAGAAUGAAGUGCAUCUUACAAUGGACACUGGUGACAUUGGAUGACGGAUUGCACACAGAUAUACAUGCUUAUGUUAACCUCAAAUGGAAAACGGGAGAAAUCUUUUACAGGUGUUUCUGCAUUGACCCCUGUGAGGAAAUGCCUGUGUUUGAAAGACGCUGUUGUUUGCCGGAGGAUCCCAGUCCUUUUCAUUCAGAGCCUUUACUAUCUCUCCUUUGAAUAGAUCUCAUCUUUAUUUCAUGAAACCGAAAUUUCCAAAGCUUCACAAUGAGCCCUUUAUUUUGCCUUAACAUUCUGGAGGCAAAAGAUGUCCUCCAACCAAAAUGUCAAAAUGCAUUUUCUGAACCAGAAAUGUUUGACCCAGUUCAGAUGUGGCCCUGCAUACGUUUGCAAUUUAAACUUGCAAUAGAUUGAGCAUUGUAUAUUUUAAAGGGAUCACACUAGAGAUCCCUUACAAUGAAGAACGCCUCCUCUCUUUUUUUGUCUCUUAUUUACUACUGGCAAACAUUUACCAGAACUUGCUGGUGAAUAGAGUACAAUUUUCCUGCUUUUUGCUCUUUAAAAAUAAUAAUAAUAAUAAGAUAGUUGAAUUUCUAGAGCAUUUUACAGAUGCCUAGUGUGCUCUGAUUUGCAGUGAGUGCUUUGCCCCUUCCUGAAAGUGAUUAACUUGGAUAACCUUUUUUUUUUUUAAUUGCAAACCUCAAACUUGGCUAGUUAAAGAAUCGCAGAACUGUAGGGUUGUAGGAAGGGACCACAAGAGUCAUUUAGUUCAACCCCCUGCAAUGUAGGAAUCUUUUCCCCAACUUGAGGCUUGAACCCAUGGCCCUGUGAUUAAGAGCCUCAUGCUCUACUGACUGAGCUAUUCCAGGUGAGAUGGUGAACACCAGUCUCCUAAACCAAAUCCAUAGGAACAGCUGGAAAUAGUUAAGGGUGUGUCUUGAGGAUGGGGGUCCUGUGGCCCUCCCAGAUGUUUUGGAACAACAAUGCCUAUUUUACCUGACCAUGGGCCAUGUUGCCUGGGGCUGUUCAGAACUGGAGUCCAGUAAUAUCCGAAGAGCUGCAGACUCUCCAUGUAGCCUGUCUGUCUAGUCUUGCAUCCUGUUUACAGCAGCAUCCGGCCAGUUACUUCCGGGAAGCCCUCACGCAGGCAUGGAGUCGACAGCUGUCCCCAAGCAAAGAUGCCCUCUUAUUCAAAAAGGCCAGAAAGAUCUGUUAUUGCUGGGUUAGCCAACGAGAAUGCAUCUCUGUGUGCCAUUGCUGUGGUUUUCAGCUGUGCCAUCCUUGUCCUUUGAGAACGUAACUGGACCACUGCUGCUCAGAUGUCAGUGGCCCAGAGAUGGAAAGAAGAAGAGAAGAAUGGCAGAUUAAGUUGAUGGACUAUGCUGAAUUGGCAAAAACAACCAGAAGAAUAAGAAACUGGGAUGACCAAAAUUUUAAUAAGGAAUGGGGGAAAUGCAUAAUUUCCCUUAAAAAGCAUUAUAAACAAUUAAAAUCAUUAGUAGGAUUGGACUAAGACUUGUAGUUCAAUGUUGAAUUUUGGGUAUAAUGGAGAUUUAAAAGAUUUGGAUUAAUAGAAAAGAUACAGGAGGAAAAGGUUAAUAUAAGGACCCACAAAAGAGAGGAGGGAAGUUCAAGAGAUUCCUUGGAAUUCUCUUUUCAUGUAGGUGGUUGGAUAAUGGAUUGUAAAUUUCUACAAUCUGAAAAGCUAAAUUAUAAAGAAAAAAGAGAACGUAACCGGACGUAGGGUGGACCACCCUGUUAAGAACGGUACACAAAUAUGUGUGUUUAUCGGUUUGGGGGCUGAAGUGAGGCAAUAAUAAAUAACCAUUAAUGGAUGAGAGCUUGGGAGGGCUUUCUUCAGAUGCUUUCUGGCCUUCGUCUUCAAGCAGAAACUGCUGGAUGUGCUCGCAAAGUUUGGUUGAAGUCUUGCCUUUCCUGAUGCUAUCUUUUGGCAUCAUCAUCAGCGCCACCUCCUCUGGCCCUUGGCAGCUGUUCUUAGCUGACCAGGGCAGUGGUCAUUGGUCGUCUGCUGGUAAGCAGCAUGACCAGAGAACUUCCUCCAGUGUUUUACUUGUUGCUGCUAUGUCUGAGAAGCCAUUCUGAAGAUGGGACUCGUCUGAAGAAAUAACUCCAAGCUCUCUUGUUCUGCCUUCUGAUUCUGUAGCAUAGGGAAAAAUGUGUUGUCAGGAUUUCUCCAUAAAUUGAAGUCAAGGCACUAUAUCCUGAAGAUUCGUAGGUUUUUAGUGUGAUGCAUUGGUUUGUCCUCUGUAAGAGCAGAACUUUCAGGAGUCGGUACGUUUGUUCUCCAUCUUGAGGUGUGUGCUUGGAAGAACAGGAAUGUUGUGAUGCAGUCGAGUGCCGUAUUGAACUUCGGCAGCAUGUUAGACGCAGGUGUGUGCAGACCCGCAUAUCUGAAACCUGUUGUGAGGGUACAGUGCACAGCGAUCCCUCUUGCUCUUCUGGCUUCGGGGAUAGCCACGGAAAGCCUCUUGAGUGCAGUGGGAGCGCUCCUCCCUCUUCACUCAAGAGGCUUUGCGUUGCUUUCUUGUUUCUUGUUUUCCUCCUCUAAAAACUAGGUGUGUCUUCUGGCCGGGUGCGUCUUAUAGAGCAAAAAAUAUGGUACCCAUUUCACAACUGAGAGACUACAGUGGUACCUCGGGUUACAGACGCUUCAGGUUACAGAUGCUUCAGGUUACAGACUCCGCUAACCCAGAAAUAGUACCUCAGGUUAAGAACUUUGCUUCAGGAUGAGAACAGAAAUCACACAGUGGCGGCGUGGCGGCAUCGGGAUGCCCCAUUAGCUAAAGUGGUACCUCAGGUUAAGAACAGUUUCAGGUUAAGAACGGACUUCCAGAACGAAUUAAGUUCUUAACCUGAGGUACCACUGUAUUCUUAAAACUUACACAUGCAUACUAUGAGGGGAAGGAGCUUCUAAGCUACCAGAGUCCCAGGACAGCUUUUUUAAAAAACAAAACAAAUUGACCACCGAAGAGUUUUUCGAGUGCUGGAAGGGGGCUGUGGUGGAGCAUUUGCUUAGCUUGCCGAAUGAUCCAGGUUCAAUCUGUAGCAUCCACAGGGAUAUUUUGAAGGACCUUGAAUAGCCAGCCUGGAGAAGGCUGCUCUCUGAGGCCUGAAAGAGCUGCUGCCUUCCAGGGGAGGCGAUAUCAGGCUACGUUGGACCAAUGAUUGUGACUCUGUGUAUUAUCUAAAUUGGCUUCCUGUGUUUCACCUCCUCCACAGUGGCAGCCGGUCACAUUAACUGCAUUAUCUUGUUCGGGCUCCCUCCCCUCACCCCCGCCAGUUCGCCAGUAGCUCCUCCUAAAAGCCUGACACGACUCACCUAGUUUGUUCAUUCAUAUAUUGGAUUUAUUUAUAUCCACCUUCCCUCCAAAGUAGCACACGUCGUUUUUCUCCCCAUUUACCUUCCCUGCAACCCUGUGAAGUAGGUUUUAGGCCGAUGGGCUACGCCUGGUCCAAGGCCACCUAGUGAGUUUCCUGGCUGAAUAGGGAUUUUGAACCCUGGUCUCUCGGCUCUAACCAGUGUACCACACUGCACUGAGUUGCACGAACUUGCUCCCUGUUAACACCCAGUCUUCCAGCACAGUGGAGCUGAAAUUUACCGUGCAAGCCUUACUGUGGUUUCUGUGAUUCUUGCACAGGCUAUGCAGGGUUUGCAAAGCGAAGCCAAAAGCGUGUUCCUGGGAAUGUAAAUCCUUCCCCCGCCCCCUUCAUUCAGUUCCUAAUUGCUGCAGUUCCUCCUUUUUUACCCCUUUGAUUCAAAUCAUAUGAUUCCUGUGUGCGGAACAAUGAGAACUGUAAGGAUCGCUUUCUCUCCAAGCUGGCUGACUUGACUCUUUGCACUGUCUGCCGCCAUGGGAUUGCCAGUCCUUAACCUUCCAUCCUUGCGGCCCGGUAAUGGCAGGUUUGUACAACUCUGAACUAAUUUCCUUUUGGUUUCGUGCACGCUGCCAAGCGGGGAGAGGGAGCGAGGAAUAUGUGGAAAAUCCUACCAAAGCUGCUUACGAGAGUGUCCUUGGUGGUGGUGGUUGUUGCUGCUUCCCCCUGUGUGGUUGCUAAUAACUGGCCAGUAAUGCCACAUCCCAGGAGUCACUUUUCUCUGUGACGCCGCAUGAUCCCACUUAGCUUUCCCUGGACAGAGAAUUGUGCGAAGAAGCAUCGGUGUGAACUGGUCCAUAUGAGUGUGGACGUGGGUGGCGCUGUGGUCUAAACCACUGAGCCUCUUGGGCUUGCCAAUCAGAAGGUCAGCAGUUCGAAUCCCCAUGACGGAGUGAGCUCCCGUUGCUCUGUCCCAGCUCCUGCCAUCCUAGCAGUUUGAAAGCAUGCCUGUGCAAGUAGAUCAAUAGGUACCACUGCGGCAGGAAGGUAAACGGCAUUUCGGUGCACUCUGGUUUCUGCCAUUGCGCCAGAAGCAGUUUAAUCAUGCUGGCCACAUGACCCGGAAAGCUGUCUGUGGACAAACGCCGGCUCCCUUAGCCUGAAAGCGAGAUGCGCGCCACAACCCCAUAGUCGCCUUUGAUUGGGCUUAAUCAUCCAGGGGUCCUUUACCUUUUUACCUUUGCUAAUGAGAAUGCUGAGUCAGGCCAUUGGUUCUGCCUAGAUCAGUAUUGUCAGCACUGGCUGGAAGCAUCUCUCCGGUUCAGACAAGGGAUUCUCCCUGUGCUACCGGAUGGCAAGGAUUGAAUGCAGGAACAUGGGGGCUCUCUGGCCCUACCCCAAAAGAGUCAGCCAUGGCCUUUGGUUGACAGCAGGAGCUGGAACACAAGGCCCUGGUGCUGGCUGAAAAUGCAUAGUACUUAUUUCAUGCUGGGUUUGCAAAUAGCCUGUGACUGGCGCUAAUUUGAGAGUGGGGGGAGCAUUUAUGUCUUGCAUGGUGAUUUGCACCAGCAUUCAGAUCCUUUCCCUGGAACCUGGAAGGCAAGCAAGACAAAUGAUUUCAUAUAUUGUUGUUGUUGUAAACCGAUGGAAUUUAUUUUGAAGGCUGGCAUAGAAGUACCUUAAGUAAAAGAGUGUCCUAUCCCCAACAAUCCUUCUUUGAAAAGUGGGUGUAUAGUGUCUAUUCACCUUUUUCUCUCCCAUACCCUCCAACAUUUCUCCGAUGAAAAUAGGGACGUCCUAAGGAAAAGCGGGAGGGACGCGGGUGGUGCUGUGGGUUAAACCACAGAGCCUAAGACUUGCAGAUCAGAAGGUCGGCGGUUCUAAUCCCCACGACGGGGUGAACUCCCAUUGCUCAGUCCCUGCUCCUGCCAACCUAGCAGUUCGAAAGCACGUCAAAGUGCAAGUAGAUAAAUAGGUACCACUCCGGUGGGAAGGUAAACGGCGUUUCCGUGUGCUGCUCUGGUUCACCAGAAGCGGCUUGGUCAUGCUGGCCACAUGACCUGGAAGCUGUAUGCCGGUUCCCUCGGCCAAUAAAGCGAGAUGAGCGCCGCAACCCCAGAGUCGGUCACGACUGGACCUAAUGGUCAGGGGUCCCUUUACCUUUAAGGAAAAGCGGGAGAUACCGGAAACUGGGAUAGCUUCUGUAAAUCUGGGGCUGCCCCUGAAAAAUAGAGACAAUUUGAGGCUCUGCUGUCCCCCAUUGCCCUGCUUCUUGAAACAGAGGUUGUCUCUGUGGUGGUUUACGUUUAAAAGGCCCUGGGUUCAGGUCCUGCUGCUGAAACCUCGUCCUAUUGAAAGGUUCUCAGCUAGCCAAGCUGGGCAUAGCUGUCAACUUUUCCCUUUUUAAAGAAGGAAAUUCACUUAUUCCAAAUAGGAUUCCUCGCAAGCAAAGGGAAAAGUUGACAGCUAUGAAGCUGGGAAUGAUCCUGGCUUUGGGAUGCUGGAAAGCCACUAGUCUUAUGGAGUAGAAAAUGCAGUAAACAAGAACAACAGCCCUAGUCCUUCUGAGUCAGGGGGUAAACUUGACUUCAUGGGCAUUCCUCAUUUUGUUUAAUAUUUUGGAUACUGCCCUGCUGCCACCUUACUAAUACCUAAGCAAUGUUGAAGCUAGCAUGUAUGCUUUCCCCCUCUUAUAUUUGCCUUCUCCCUCCUCCCUUAGUCUACAGAGGCAGCUUUUGGCUGUUUUAUGAUAGAUUUUCAGUCUGCAGUCAAGCAGGUUGUAAGGUGCUGUCAGAUCAUUGAAGUCUCGAGGCCGGGCUAGCCAGCGAAAUACCACAGAUAUGUACCAGAUCCCAGGCACGUGUGAAAUAUUAGGGUUUUUGCUGAUCUGUUGCGUAGCUGUUUCGGGUUUUCUUGAAAAGUCUGGAAGGCUGUCCUAUAACCAGAGAGUCUUUGAAGGAGAUUCCAGGGGAAUCUUUGCUUCCUUGUCCAGAGCGAUAAAAAGAAUUUUGAGCCCUGGCUACUACGACUAAAAAAGAGGGGGUAAUUUAACACGACUGCUUGCUUUCGCAGAGGGUGGGGGCAGAGAAAACCUGAAAACCAGGUGAACUUCUGAAAGUGGAGUGCCAAUGUCACCGCUUGGCUCAGAAGGGAAAUUGUUUCCAGCUUAUACCUGCCUGGCAGGAAAUCUCUAGCAUGAAUCUUGCCCAGAGCAAAUAGGGUUUUGCAACACUUCUACUGUAGUUGGCCUGAGGGCGUUUAUAAGUCAGAUGUGAAACGAUAUCUUGCAGAUGGGUGAAUAAUCAGAACAAAGUUCAGGGCAUUUGCAAGCAGAGAGUUUUGCAUUCUUGUUGUUGCAGAGUACAGCCUCUCCUGCCUUUUGCCUUCCUCUGGUUGUGAAGAAGCCAUUUUUCUCUUGGGCUUUGCAUUGGUGCUCUGGCUUUGAGGUUUCACAGCGAGCAUUUCUUGGCAUCUUAGAGUAGGGCUGGGCAAUACCUGGUUUUUGACAUCGCGAUAUAUCACCAGCCAAACACCGCGAUACAACAAUAUAUUGUGAUGUCUGAAAUAAGGAUGGAGUUAUGUAGAGGCAUUGAGUGGCUGACUUCACAUUUUUACCCACGUUGAGAUUUUUGUAUGGCGCACGCAAUAUAUUGCCAGGUCAAAAAUUAUGAAACCGAUAUCACAAUAUGUACUUCAAACUGGUUUUGGACAAUAUAUCGCCCACCCCAUAUGAGACAGCCACAACCAGCCUCUGUGGAUACAGUUCAGGGCUAAAUAGACUUGAGAAAUAUGGACCACUUAUAAAUGCCAUCUCCAACUCCACGAAAGAUACCAUCAAUGGUGUCUCCAAAAAUUUUUACACAUCACUUGGGAAGACAGGCGAACUGAUGCCUGUGUACCAGAAGAAGCAAAGAUCACCAGUGUCAAAGCAAUGAUUCUUCAACAUCAGCUUUGUUGGACUGGUCAUUUUCAGAUGCCUGAUUAUCGUCUUCCAAAGCAUUGCUUUAUUCCGAACUCAAGAAUGGAAAGCGUAAUGCUGGUGGUCAACAAAAGAGGUUUAAAGACUGUCUCAAGGCAAAUCUAAAAAAAUGUAGUAUAAACACUGACAACUGGGAAACACUGGCCUGAGAGCGCUCCAAUUGGAGAACAGUCUUUACCAAAGGUGUCAUAGGCUUUGAAGACUCUUGAACUCAGGACGAAAGGGAGAAAUGUACUAAGAGGAAGGCACGCUUGGCAAAUCCACACCGUGAUCAAUUCCUGCCCAGAAAUCUAUGUCCCCACCGUGGAAGAACAUGUGGAUCCAGAAUUGGUCUCCACAGUCACUUACGGACUCACUGUUAAAACUGUGUUCAUGGAAGACAAUCUUACUCAGCUACAAGCGAUCGCCAAAGAAGAAGAAGAAGAUAAGGGCAGCUUCCUAUGUGCUUACGGCUUCAGUAUGUGUACGCAUAAUGGGAAUUGGCAUAGCUAGUAAAAGGGGGGAAAAAAGGAAGUAUGUUUAAAAAGAUGAAACGUUUAAUAUCCUUCACUCAUUAGAUUGUUAUGCCUUCAGGCAGGGCCUGCAUCUUACUUUGAUAGCGGUGCCUAAAUCUUCAAGACAGAUGAUAAUGUGGAGUUUAAAUAUUAAUAAGUGCUAUCCCACAGUCAGAUUAAUCUUGUGUAAAUAGUCCUCGUAGUGGUUUUGGCGAUGUUGGGUAAAUGAGGCAACGCUUAGUGUUUGCCCAUCUGCAUAAACACUCACCAGCCGGCAACAGUUUCAGUUGCUGUCGUGUGCAGAAACCAUGCAAGGUGUUUGCAUGUGUGUGCUUGUUGCACAGGGUUCUGGAUCCCGAUUUUGUGUAGAAGAAAAUGUAUGUACAGUUGUACCUUGGAAGUCAAAUGGAAUCCGUUCCAGAAGUCCAUUCGACUUCCAAAACGUUUUGAAACCAAAGCGCGGCUUCUGAUUGGCUGCAGGAAGCUCCUGCAGCUAACCGGAAGCCACAGAGGCCCCCUUGGACUUUCAGGUUCCAAAGAACGUUCGCAAACCGGAAGACUCACUUCCGGAUUUGCGGCGUUCAGGAGCCGAAACGUCUGAGUACCAAGGGGUUUGGGAUCCAAGGUACGACUGUACUAGCAUCCAUGAGGGGACAAGUGUGUGAGUCAGCCCUGAGCUUUGAAGGAAAAUCAUCUCUCCAGGCUUCUCAGCUGUGCUGCACUUUGGUGGGGAUAUUUCUGUGUAUCCUGGUUUAACCUCGCUGAUUCUUCCUCCUUUUUUGGGGUUCCAUUCAUAUGAAAAGGAGCGCCGCAACAGAGAUCCGCAGGCUGCUCUUUCCCUUCUGAUUUCUGUUUUCUUUCUCCCUUAAGACGCCGAUAGCAUCAUCGAAAAGGCAUCUCACUCUGGGAUGAUCAACCCGAGCCGCCAGUGGCAGAUAUUGAAGCAGAAUGCAGGUGUGGCUCACUUUGAAUACCAGAUCCGGGUCACUUGCGACGAGCACUACUACGGCUUUGGCUGCAACAAGUUUUGCCGGCCGAGAGAUGACUUUUUUGGGCACUACACCUGCGAUCAGAACGGCAACAAAACGUGCUUGGAAGGCUGGAUGGGCCUGGACUGUGACAAAGGUUUGUGAUGCCCGUGUUACGUUCCCUGGGUAUUGUGUGGCGCUAGAAGUCAGGCAGCACCAAAGAUAAUUUCCGUUCCCCUUAAUUCCAGGCAAGCUGAGGGCAAACAGGUCAGCUAUUUAACCGAGAGUCCCGCACCAUCCAAAGCAAAGUUGGAGGGUUCUUAUGCCUCGUUUAACGAUGCAUGAUAAUGGGUCUUGCAACCUCAAUUUAGUGCAGUGUUUCUCAAACUUGGGUCUCUGGCUUUUGUUGGACUACAGCUCCCAUCAUUCCUAGCUAGCAGGACCAGUGGUCAGGGAUGAUGGGAGUUGUAGUCCAAAAACAGCUGGAGACCCCAGGUUCAAGGAAAACUGAUUUUGCGGCUCAAUAUAACAGAGGUUUUUGAAUGGUGGAGACUGAGAUGGAAGUAUUCAGAGUUGUGCUUGAGGAAUCCAUCUUCUACUGAGUCAGGCAAUUGGUCCAUGUAGCUUAGUAGUCAUCUACUUGCUGCCAGUCAAAAUUGGAAACAAGAUGCAGGUAAGAAUGGAGGCCCAGCAGUAGAACUCCCAUCAUCCCUGGCCAUGCAGCAGGGGCUGAUGGGAUCUGUAGUCCCAACAGUAACCCUAGGGCCACAAAUUUCCCAUCCCUGGUAUAAGGCAGCUUCAUAAGUCCACACACAUGACAGUAAAUCAGAUACGUUUCAUAGUAUGAAGAAGCAAGGUUUCUUCUUCUCUGAUAGUGAAGCUUCAAGAGAAAGGUGCUUGCUCAAGAGAAAGGUUCUUUUUAGGUUACGAGCCUGUAUCCUAAAUAAUACUCAGCUGUGGGGCUGUGCUUUUUCACUUUCAAACGCAAAUUGGUUUGCAAUGAUGAGAAGUAGGGGUGGAUCUGCGGUAGAACAUUUUGGCUCUUUUGAAAGGGAAUGGACUCUCUUCCUGAGGAAACGUGGAGACUUAUAAUGUAUAUGUUGGAAAGAGAGUGUUUUGCACACCACGGCAGGCUUUUGAAAACGGGACUUAAAUUUCUGCUCCAGGGAUGAUGGAGUUGCUGUCAUGAGACAUUACCUACCCUAGUUUCUCUUCCAGUAGACUUGAUCCAAGGGACCUGUUAAAACCUUGGAUUUGGUAGGAUUACAGUACUAGCGGGAGAUUAAAACGUUCCCACGAGGGGCGAGAGUCCAGGGAAAGGUUCUCCUGUGCUGUUCGGGGAGGGGGGACCCAAAACACACCCUUCUAAUCCCCCCCUUCUUCUCUCCGCAGCCAUCUGUCGUCAGGGUUGCAGCCCCAAACACGGUUCUUGCAAAAUUCCCGGAGAGUGCAGGUAAACCAAACAAAUCUUCCUUGGGCUAAGCAAUCGUAACUUUUCAAAUUAAACAUGGGGCUGUCUAGCCGGGGGGAGGGAGGGAGGCAGGAAGAAAGAAACGCCACCCCUUCUUCCCGCUGCAUUAUGAAAUGUUUAAUUGCGUGUUCUCCAUUCCCGGCGUCGGUGAGGUGAAACGUUUCCCUCACUCGAAAUACCCAGCGAUCUGUCCGUGUUGGGCAUGGAGGCGAGAGGACGAAUGCAUUUGUGGAUGUUUCGCAAUGAGCUGCGGCCGAAAUUCUUCGCAAACAUUUUUUCCCCCGUGUGCAAAAUCUGCUGAUCGAGGCAUUUUCCUCUAUAGUGUGUUUAAUUACAUUACUUGCUUUCAUCCCUCCCUCCCUCCUCCCUCUCCAUUCCCUCAACUUUGUCCCCCAUCAAUAGGCAAAAGUUGAGCAUUCUUUAGAAUAGGAUUAAUGCAUCUCUUGGUUCCUCUGGUCUUGGGAGCCAGACUUGGGAGUGAUGAGAGGUUAAUAGCUUGGAUGGAAUCUUGUCCGUAGAUACCGAUGAAGGCAGAGUCUUUUGCCGUAGUCUUUUGAAGUCUCUUCUGUGUUGGCCAGCAGACAAGGAGAAAGGGAGGGAGGGAGAGGCAGAGCUUGCAUAUAGCCAGACAGUAUAAGGGAUCCAGCUAGAAAGCCAAGAAUCUCAUUUGCAUGUAUUUCUAAUAAUCGGUUUCCCCUUUCGUAUCCAGGUAGGGUUUCUGGAUGAUGUUGGGGUUAUGUAAUCCUUGUUUGUAUAAGCCACUGCUUUGUUUUUGUUUUUUAAGGCCAGCAUAAUUAUCUGUCUCUUGCAUAAACAUCAACCUUCUUAGCUCAUGCAGCCUGCUAUGGUGUCGCAGAUCCCACAGGGUAGAAUUUAAUUCUCAGGGGUUGGUUUCCCCACUUUGCUGGACACAGAACUGGACACAGAAACGUGGGCUGUCACCAAACCAGGCCAAGCUUCUCUAGUCCUUUGAGCCCAGUUCCAGCGUCUGCUUCCUCUCCUGCGUCCUGCGACGCUGAGAUCCGCAGACCCAGAGUGGUGAAUCCACCCUGUGUCAUACAAUGAAAUACAAAGCCUUAAAUGGGGAAGGUUUAGGGUGUGGGAAGGAGGGAGUUGUCCAGCCCUAGGAGUGAUGCAGAUCAGUAAAUAGGAAUAAAAAACAAGGUACAGUGGUAUCUCAGGUUACAUACGCUUCAGGUUACAGACUCCGCUAACCCAGAAAUAGUACCUCGGGUUAAGACCUUUGCUUCAGGAUGAGAACAGAAAUCGUGCUCUGGCGGCGCGGCAGCAGCGGGAGGCCCCAUUAGCUAAAGUGGUGCUUCAGGUUAAGAAUGGACCUCCGGAAUGAAUUAAGUACGUAACCAGAGGUACCACUGUAUCUACAGAGCUUAUUGGAGAGCAAUAGAGAAAGAGAGAGAGAGAAUAAUGAACAACAGCUGGCAUCUAGAGCGCAUAGCUCCUAGAAGGGGAUGUGCCGUAAAUGUUGGUGAGCGGGUGCAAGAGGGAACAGUGCCCCCCAAGUGCUCUGACCAGAGAGGGCAAAUCUGCAGCAGCUGUGAGCAUGCUACCCACCUUGGCAGUUGUGGUGAAAACCUGUUAUGUCUGCGGUUUUCAACCUUUUUUGGGUCCAUGGCUCCCUUAACCAACAACAGUAGUACCUCGGGUUACAUACGCUUCAGGUUACAUACGCUUCAGGUUACAGACUCCACUAACCCAGAAAUAGUACCUCGGGUUAAGAACUUUGCUUCAGGAUAAGAACAGAAAUCGUACAGCGGCGGUGUGGCAGCAGCAGGAGGCCCCAUUAGCUAAAGUGAUGCUUCAGGUUAAGAACGGACCUCUGGAACGAAUUAAGUACUUAACUCGAGGUACCACUGUACAUUCUUUCUGUGGCACCCCUGUGGGGCUCACCCCUUGCCUGCAGAGCUGGCAGCCCCUUGCCCUUUUUCGAACACCCUCCCUUGUGGAGUAUUCCUUCACCCUCCUCUCCUCUCCCCUCUCUUGGGAGUCCUCUGGGCAGCUGCCGCCGCCACCCCUGGUCUCUGAACUGCCCCGCCUGCCUCAAAGAGCGGUGCCUCCUCACACUGCCCCACAGGGGCCAGGGAAGCACCCCACCCCCCGGCCAGCCCCAGAGGCACUAUUCACCUGGGAUGCUUGUAGCCAGGGCUGCGGCAACAAACAGCCAUGCAGAGAUGCGAGAGGGCAUCAGAGGAGGGAGGGGGGAAGAAGAAGAAGAGUUUGGAUUUGAUAUCCCGCUUUGUCACUACGCGAAGGAGUCUCAAAGCAGCUAACAUUCUCCUUUCCCUUCCUCCCCCACAACAAACACUCUGUGAGGUGAGUGGGGCUGAGAGACUUCAGAGAAGUGUGACUAGCCCAAGGUCACCCAGCAGCUGUAUGUGGAGGAGCGGAGACACGAACCCGGUUCACCAGAUUACGAGCCUAUCGCUCUUAACCACCACACAGAAGGACAGAGGCCAUUGUUGCCAGCAGCACCCCUGACCGUCAUUCACGGUACCCCAGGGUGCCACGGCACACUGGUUGAAAGCCACUGUGUUAUGUGCCUUGGUUGUGCAUGCUGCUGCAGGCUUUGAUUCUGUCCGGAAGGAAUGCUCGUGAAUCUAUGCAGUAUUUAGGGUGGCACGCCUCCUUUUGCCAGUGUCUGAGCGCUUGCCUGCAUGGGCGAGGGGGUGCUUCCCCUGUGAUGCUGCCGCUCCCCGUGGCUGGAUGUGAUGGUUCGAACGUUUUGAGCAGCAGCUCAGGCGAGACGCAAUAUUCGUAUAUAGCAGAGGGGGUCUUGAAGAGACAUCGUUGUGGCAGUCAUGCGCCGCAGUGCUUGUGUCCCCAUCCCUGGAGUUGUGGUUGUGCCAGCGUCACAGCUUGGUAGCACAGCAUCUCCUUGGUCUUGGGUUCAUUCCCCAGCUUCUCCGGGUAUCGCUGGGAGAGGAUUCCCUGUCUAAAGUUCUGGAGAGCUACAGUCAGUCAGGGUAGACGGUGACCCAAGCCCACCCAGAAUUGGCUGCAUCACAGGGGUUGGACUUACAUGACCUUUCGCCCGCCUACAAUUCUAUGAGCUAACUGGAACAAUGCUCUAACUUGUGUAUAUGUUCGAAUAUGGUGUUGGUUGGUUGUCUGCAGGCCUAUGGGGAUUAAUGUUCUUAAGCAAUAAUAAUAAUAAUAAUAAUAAUAAUAAUAAUAAUAAUCUAUUAUUUAUACCCUGCUCAUCUGGCUGGGCUUCCCUAGCCACUCUGGGCGGCUUCCAACAAAACACUAAAAUACAAUAACGUAUUAAACAUUAAAAGCUUCCCUAAACAGGGCUGCCUUCAGAUGUCUUCUAAAAGUUUGGUAGUUAUUUUUCUCUUCGACAUCUGGUGGGAGGGCGUUCCACAGGGUGGGCGCCACUACCGAGAAGGCCCUCUGCCUGGUUCCCUGUAACUUGGCUUCUCGCAGCUAGGGAACCGCCAGAAGGCCCUUGGCGCUGGACCUCAGUGUGUGUGUGUGUGUAUGUGUGUGUGUUUCAUGCAAAAAGCCUUUUCCCCAUAGUCCCCAGCCCGUCCUGGUAGCAUUCACUCUUGUGAGUGUGCCGCACCCGAAGCCAGAUUUCUGUAGCCCCAUGCCCUGUCACCAAAAUUAUGGUCUUCGCAUGGGUUCAAACACUGGUGGCAAUGCAUACAGAUUUUUGAUUUCCCUCUCCCAGCUGGGGAGAUCAGGCAAUUUUCGUACGCCGGUUCUGGGCUGGCAGAAAGCUGGUUUGUCCAUGGUUCCCUGUAGCAUAGGAGCCUCCGGAGGCGGCCUCCCCAUCUUGUGCCACACUCGGGCAGCCCUGCCUCGUUUCAGCCACUCCCCUGGCAUAUCCCUGCUGCACUUGUGGCACUCUGCCCAAAUCCAAAUGGCACCUCAGGCAACAGAGCUCAGGUUAUGUGCUUUGAAAUGGAGCAUGUUUGGGGCACGCAUGUUGUGUGCGCAACUCGAGCACGCCAAAGGAGAUGAGAUCCGCUUGAACCCUUACGGCGUGCUGUUCCAAAAUGGGGGGGUUUGCUUUGCCCCUCCGCCCUGCAAACUUGUGAAGGCCUGCUUCCUUUUCAACCCUUGAGAACAUACAUGAAUCACUCCUAGAUAAGGGCGAUGCAAAAAUCUGACCAGCCCUGAUAACAGAAGAGAGGCUUCUGUGUUUGUGUAUGUGUGUGUUGUGUGUUUCGGUCGGGCUGCAGUGUUUUGUUCGCCCCCAUUUUUGUCUGGGCCGGAGACCAGCUUGCUGCCUGAGCUGGAGCCAGAGCUCCCAGAGAUUUGUGCUUCUGUCAUCCAUCUGAAAGUGCCUUAUGGGGUUUGCCCACAUUCCUCGCUAGCCAGAACAACAGGCUUUGUUUCCAGAGUUCAAGCCUUCCUCUGUCUCUCACCUCCCACUCUCUGCCCAGACAUGCUCUAGUGCCCUUAUUUACUUAAGGUGCAAUUUUCCCACACUUCCUUUGCAAAGUUCUCCAGCGAUGUUGCUGUCCUUCCUGAUACCCCAGCCUCAAUUAUAUUCUUGGACUCAGAGAGAAACAAGAUUAUAACUCUUUUUCCAUUAAGUUUGGGGCGGGGGGUCAGGGAAUGAGUCACAGUCUCUUUAAUGUUGCAAAUGCGAUCGUUUAAAAAUAAGAAUUUUCAAAACCGGCUAGAUCUGAAACAAGAACGCAUAGAAGAGUCUGACUCCCUCCCCACCCCUGCCCCAAAUUUCAUUUUGGAAGCCACUCGCAGCAGAAGACGACGGUCUGAUUAAAAAAAAUAUGAAGCCCUGUAUGUGAGCCAGGCUUCUCCGCAUGAGAAUGUGAUUGUGUUAUGUUGUUAACGCAGAAAGACUUAAUAAAUGCUUCGGGCUAAAAUUAGUACUGCUUUGUUUGUUUUUUUGCUUUCUUUCUUAAAUUGGCUGGCGUUUGCUUCUUUGGAACAGAUCUGUCAAGAUGGGCUGUGCCUAGCAUUUAAAAGUAGAAUUUCAGGGGUGGGUGGGAGUUUGGAGACCCUGUAAAGCAGUGGUGUCCAAAUUAUUUUCAAAGAGGGCAAGAUAUGAUGAAGUGAACAUGCGUGAGGGCUGGCCAAAGUUGAUAAGCUUUUUUUAGGAUUUUAUCCCAAAGUUGCUGAGCUGUUUUUAGGAUUUGGCCCCGGGCUGGACUUUGAACAUGGCUGCUGUAAAGAAAUGAUUUCUCCUCCAUCUCUGAGCAGGGUGUACUGCGAAGACUACUGACUCUCUGCUUGUCCACACUUCUGUUUAAUGCUUGCAGAGUUCAGGCUGAGAAAAGAAUCUAUAAUUUUUGCAUCCUUUGUGACUUCCAUAUCAAAAGGGGGGGGUGGUCAUUCCCCUUUGCUCUGUCUUGCCCGCAGAGAUGACACUGCCAAUUGGGCUUCCAAUAGAUAUAUUUUAAUAUUUCUCUUUUAUUGAAUAUAUCCAGAGGCUUUGAACUGCUUGCUCUCUCUCUCUCUCCCCUGUUCUGUAAAAUUAAUUAGGGGAGUGGCUUGCUGUCUGAGGUUUUUAGAUGGAGAGUUAAAAGUCGCUGCAAGCAAUUAGCCCUUGGAAAGAUCCCUAUCGCUUUUCCCAUGACAAGGAUUUGCUGGGCAGAGUUUUUGAAAACCGAAAGCCCAACUGGCUUGGAUGGAAAGGUUUAUUUUAAUAAGUUAGGGCCAGCUUAGCAAGUAAUUGCCGGUGAUCACUUCUUCCCAGGUCCCAGUAAUGAAGUGAACUUUGCAGUUAACCCACAAUUUCAUGCUUUCAACCUUUCUUGUCUAUUCCCCCAUCCCCACCCUCCCCUUCAUAUUCUCCGCUUCAAAUAAAAAUGGCAGUGUCUCAGUGUGGAAUGUAUUUAAACUGGAGAUUUUCCUUAAUGCCCUGUGUUUGCAUUCGAGAAGGGGAGCUUUUCGGAUAACAGAUUACAUCUCUUGCUUUGUUACACCAGCCUGGCUUCUUGAGCUUAAAGUAAUACGUUCAGAACAUAAACACAGGCACUUGAGCCAAACUUUGGAUGAAAAUUGCUUUGGAUCUGGGUUCGCUAGGUUGAAAUUAUCUGGUGGAGAAAAAAAUGUCAGAUGAAUAUAAAUAUUCUUUAAGCACAUAACUGAUUUAUUAUGUAUGCAGCUAUAUGUUAUCAAAGUGGAAACAUCAGUGGACUUUUAACUAUCUUCUGACUGCUGCCAGAUUAAUAUCUCUCUUGAAAGAAGAUGCUUCCUGUCUUCCUAAUUCGAACAUGUGAUUCUCCCCCCCCCCAAAAAAAAACAACCCCAAGCAAACUGAGUUGCGGUCCAAGAGGAAAUUCUCUAGUAACUUUGCUGUUCUAUAUUGGUUGGCUUGUUUUUCUUUCUGCUCAAGUAUCCUUAAGCCCUUAUAUUCAUGAGAAUCCUUGGGAGAAUCCUCAUUCUUCCUCUCUCCUCUCCUCCCCACCCCUGUUUUUAUUAAUUCAUUUGUCAAACCCCAGGGAUUGAUCUAUAGUGUGUCUGCACCCAUUCUCCCUUCCCUCCCAUUUGUGUGAGUUUCAGAACAGUAUUGUCUUCCGUGGCACCACACUGGGGCUCCCAGAACAGUUAUUCUUUUCUGAGAAUAGGCUGUGUCUUGAGAGACCUUGGAGGGGGAAAAAAAACUUGGUUUGUUUACAAGAAACCACCAAAUACUCCUUUUUUUUCCUUUUUUUUUUUUGAGCAGGGAGUGGGGGAGACUUCUCUUUAAAUCUUAAAAUAUAAAUAAGGAUUUGUACAUGGGUUCUACUAGGUCAGAGAUGGAAGUCCCUACCAGAGAGGAAUGGCAAAUUAAACUGUUGGACUAUGCCAAAAUAACAAAACUGACCGGAAAGCUCAGGAACCAAGAAGACCAAAACUUUUAGCAAAGGAUGGGGAAAAAAUUAUAAUUUAUCUUGGAGACCACUGUAAGCAGAUGAAAACAUUGGCAGGGUUGCAAUAGCGCUUGCAAUGUAGCAAGUACUAUGGAGACAAUGGAGUUUGUUGGAAAAGAUGCAGUAGAAAUAGUUUAAAAAUAGGAACCAUGGAAGGGCGGUGACAAGUCCAGAGAUUUGGAGGAAUCUGUAACUGUGGGUGUGUAUGGUUGUAUUGUUGUAAUUUUAUACUUGUAAAAUCAAGUACAGUGGUACCUUGGGUUACAUACGCUUCAGGUUACAUACGCUUCAGGUUACAGACUCCGCUAACCCAGAAAUAGUGCUUCAGGUUAAGAACUUUGCUUCAGGAUAAGAACAGAAAUCAUGCUCCGGCGGCGCGGCGGCAGCAAGAGGCCCCAUUAGCUAAAGUGGUGCUUCAGGUUAAGAACAGUUUCAGGUUAAGAACGGACCUCCGGAACAAAUUAAAUACUUAACCUGAAGUACCACUGUAAUUCCCCCCAAAUAAAUAAAUGAAUAAAUAAGGAUUUGUAGGCCUGUUUCUUUCUUUUCGAGCGACUAAUUCCCCUCUCCCUUUCUUUCUUUGAAGGUGUCAGUACGGUUGGCAAGGUCAGUACUGUGACAAGUGCAUUCCUCACCCGGGCUGUGUCCAUGGAACUUGCAACGAACCGUGGCAAUGCCUCUGCGAAACCAACUGGGGUGGCCAGUUCUGCAAUAAAGGUAUACUCUCAAGGUGGCUUUGAAAUGCUAGUUAAACACGAUGGAGGUUGGGGGAGGCAGCGAAGGGGGGGAGCUGCGGGUCAAGGAUGCACCGCCGGGGGGUGGACACCCUCUCCUUUUGUAACGCUGGCCUCUGGCUCGGUUGUGGGGUGGCGGUCGAAGCGCUCCGCAAACCCCCACCCGGAAGACAGCUCCUUUCUCAUUUUUCCGGACGGUCCCUUGCAGAUCUCAACUAUUGCGGAACUCACCCGCCUUGCUUGAACGGGGGAACGUGCAGCAACACCGGACCGGACAAGUACCAGUGCUCCUGCCCAGAGGGUUACUCGGGACAGAACUGUGAAAUCGGUAAGGAUCUCUGCAAUUGGUUGGUUUGGCUGCUUUUGGGGGCUGCGAGCCCUGGGCUGUGCUGGAGAGAUGGUCAGGAGAGAGCGAAAAUCGGGAAGCGAGCAGUAGCGAGGACAUCCUUGGGACUGAAUUGUUGUAUCUGGCCAAGUGCGUUUUGGAGAGAGGGAGAAUAGGUUGGAGUUACAGCUAGCACACAUAGUUCUGCCGCUGAGCUAUGGUCCUCCCCGAGUUCAGGUCUUCGGAUAUGUCUUUGGUUCUGCCAACAAUAUCUGGCAUGUACGAGUUUACUUUGCUCGAGAAAGCUUUGCAUUGUGACUUGUGGGCAUCCCCAAAGUGUCCUGCCUCGGGUAUGUUUUAUCUCUGUUUGGUAGGGGAUAAUACAGUCGCCCAUAGGGACACGGGUGGCACUGUGGGUUAAACCACAGAACCUAGGACUUGCCGAUCAGAAGGUCGGUGGUUCGAAUCCCCGCGAUUGGGUGAGCUCCUGUUGCUCAGUCCCUGCUCCUGCCAACCUAGCAGUUCGAAAGCACACCAGUGCAAGUAAAUAAAUAGAUAACGCUCCGGCGGGAAGGUAAACGGCGUUUCCGUGCGCUGCUCUGGUUCACCAGAAGUGGCUUAGUCAUGCUGGCCACAUGACCCUGAAGCUGUACGCCGGCUCCCUCAGCCAAUAAAGCGAGAUGAGCGCUGUAACCCCAGAGUCGGUCAUAACUGGACCUAAUGUUCAAGGGUCCCUUUACCUUUACCUUUACCUUUACCUUUAAUACAGUCGCCAUGAGAUGAGGCAACUCUGCCUUAAGCAAGUAUGAGCUACUUGCUUGGAAAGGGAGACAGCGGCUUGCAGAUGGCUCAGCCCUCAAAUAGAUGCUUUUCCCAUCUAAACCUAGCCGCUGUCGGGAGUUUUGGGCACUGUGUUCCCCACCAGCUCAGAGCCCAAGAGAUGGAGGGGACAGGGAAAGUAGGACAGGUGAUUUUUAAAAAAUGAGGUUGUCCGUGUCACCGGCAUUGGCCAAGCUGAAGAGGAUUCUGUUCUUGCUGCAGCGGAACAUGCCUGCCUUUCGGAUCCUUGCCACAACGGAGGAAGCUGCCUCGAAACCUCGACGGGAUUUGAGUGUGUCUGUGCUCCAGGCUGGGGGGCUCCAACCUGCACACUCAGUAAGUGGACAAGAAUUUCCCAGCUUAGCAGAAGCUUCGAACCUUGCCGAACCCAAACCGCUGUGCUGGCUUUUCUCAGUGGUUUCUAAUGGUCCGAUGAAAUUCUGCCUGGGCUUGUAAUACAGUGCAGCUUUCUGCUCUCUCCUUGAAAUUUGCAUGCUGGGCCUUCAGAUCUUUGACAAUCCCAGUUUGCUACCCCAAAUGUCUUACCCCUCGAAUCUGGAAGUCUGAAUGGUCCUCUGUGAACGUCCACAAAUGGAUAUUUUACGAGGAUAGCCUUGCCGGGCUAGUCGUCUUUCUUUGAGGGCAAGGGCAAAAAUGGCUUCGCUGGAAUCUUUUCUCGAAAGCAGCGUUUCCCAAACUUGGGUCUCCAGCUGUUUUUGCACUUCAACUCCCAUCAUCCCUAGCUAGCGGGACCAGUGGUCAGGGAUGAUGGGCAUUGUAGUCCCAAAACAACAGAAGACCCAAGUUUGGGAAAUACUGCUUUAAAGGCUGCUCAGUUGUGAAAGUGCUGUCUGUCUGCGCAUGAACGUAUUUCAGAUGAUCAAAAUGUGUAAGCAUUGCCGGAGCUGCAACUGCAGGGUGGGUGGGGGAGGAGAAUGAAAAGUGGGAGCCAUGGUUUCAUAUUGGAUAGGGCCAGGGAAACUUUUCCCCCUGCCCAGGUACUGCAGGCCCUUGUGGGUAAUCUCCUCAGAGUUGGAACAUCAGAGGUGGCUUGCUCUUCUGCAUUCUCUACAGCGUUGGUCUCACUUUUCUGAAUAUAGCAAUGGCUUUUGGCCUGUGCCUAGUGUGGCUUGCCAGUCUGGCUGCUCUUGAUGAUGCUGAGAUGCGUAUACUAAAGCGAAAUCUCUCUCUGUAGAUAUCGACGACUGCUCUCCAAACCCCUGCGGCCAUGGAGGGACCUGCCAGGAUCUGGUCGAUGGGUUUAAAUGUAUUUGCCCACCUCAGUGGACUGGCAAAACGUGUCAGAUUGGUAAGCAUUGGGCCAUAGAUUUAUGGAAGGGGAAAUAAGGAAUUGGAGAACUCGCUCCAGAUUUAGGGACAUCUGUCGCUGCGUGCUUCGUGUUGAGGAACGUUUGUGUCAGAAUUGAAUGGGGUAACAUGGGGCUUGUGAGUGUUGGGGGUCGUCUUUCCCUUUGAAGAAGUUGGCCUAGUGGAAGUUCGUAAGAAUCGUCGAGACUGAAGGGACCCUGUGGAUAGUACAACCCCUUGCAAUGCAGGAAUAUGCAGUUGUCUCUGAUGGGGCUCGAACCUGCGGCCUUUACAUUAUUCAGGCUCAGCCCGUGCUUUUGAAGCCACUGGGGACGCUUCCGCCGGGAGUGGAAUACCUGGGAUCUUUUAAAGAAUGACAGAGAUGUUUCAAAUGUGUGAUCUUGAGCAUAUGAGGCAUGGGAGUCUCUGGGCUUCUUCUUGCCUUUCUGUGUCUAAAUCACAGCAAUCUUCUCUAUUGCUCUUAAUAGUAACCGUGAUUUUAUUGUUUCUACCCUGCCCAUCUGACUGGGUUGUCCCAGCCAUUCUGGGCGGCUCUUGUAUGGGGACAACGGGCAAAUGUUUCUGUGUGACAUCUGUAGAGCCACCCACAAUUUUCUUUCCCUCAUCCCGAUAGUCCCCAAAGCAGCAUUCGUGCGGAGAACCCAGUUCAUGAACCUGGUCUUUCCGUGACUGCAGUUUCCUCCCGUAAGCAGUUUUGGUGACUAUGAUGGCCUGGCCCCAUGGCUUUACUUCUCUAUUCCCCCCAAAAGCUGCUAUAACAGGAGACACUGGCUGUAUGUCAGUGGCGUGGCUGCGUAGCAUAACACAACAAGAUUGUGUUUGUUGAGAGCUGGAUGCAUGUGCAAAGAAACUUGUGAAGAACCUUAGCCGAAUCUUGUACAGACCUUCUGAUCGAGGACCAUGUCCUCAGCUACCGGCCAUCAACUUUUAGACUGCAGAGUCAUUUCUGCAGCAAUCCUUUGCCACUCAUUCGAGCCUCUGUUAUUUAAUUUGGAAAUGUCACACGUCUGGUGAAAGGGACCGCGAUCCACAAAGGCUUACGCCACAACUUUAGGUCACAGCUCAGGUUUAAGUUGCUCUCAAACUGCAGUCGUACCUUGGAAGUUGAACGGAAUCCAUUUUGGAAGUUUGUUCAACUUCCAAAACCUUCGGAAGCCAAAGUGCGGCUUCUGAUUGGCUGCAGGAAGCUCCUGCAGCCAAUCGGAAGCCCCAUCCGACGUUUGGGUUCUAAAGAACGUUUGCAAACCGGAACACUCACUUUGACGUUUGACCCGCAAAGCAUUUGGGAUCGAAGGUACUACUGUACUUCCAUGCCUUCCCCAGCCAGAAGUAUCCUGGGAGCUGUAGUUUAAGGGUGCUGGGAAUUGUAGCUCUCCUCUCAACUCUCGGCACCCUUAGCAAACUGCUGUUCUCAGGAUUCUUUGGGGAGCAGGGGGGAAGCCCUGACUCUUGGUGUAAGAGUGCUUUGAACGUAGGGUGUGGAUCUGAAAUAAGUAGUUUUAAGAUUCCACAAGGAUCUUUGCUGCAGCAGAGCUUAUCCGCCUGGAGACUUAUCUUUGCAGGAUCUGCAGUGAUGAGUGUUCCUAUGACUCCUGCUGACAUUUCUUCUUCUUAAGACAGGGUGUCCUUUUGCUGCCUCUCCCACCUCUCUCCCCCCCCCACCUCCCUGUCAGCCUGGUGGGAAAGCGAUUCUCCUCCCUCUGUUCACAUUAACUCCUUCAGAAUUUGCAGCUGCAUUCCGAGCUGUGGAUGAUCUCAUGAAGAAUGAGCUGUCUGCAUUCUUCAUCCAACAGUAUUAAUCCCAAUGACUGGGGAUGAUGCUCUGUCAUUUUGAAACUCUCCAACUCCCUUGCCUCCCUUUCUUUCUUUCUCCCACCCUCUUUUUCCCCCCUUUGUAUUUUUUUUUUAAUUAAAAAAAGUUGCUCUUAAUUAAGGCCAAGGACUCCGUGAUUGCCAACGCACCAUAGUUGGGGAAAUAAAAUCUGAAAGUCCCCCAGUACUUUUGCCUUUCCUCCGUCUUUUUUUAAAGUCUUGCUAAUCCACUCCUGCGAGCUUAAAAACAAAAAGGAACUGUUUUGUCUUCCAACGAACUGCGUUUGCUGUGAAAACGAGAGAGCGUGGUCUGUGUCUCUCCCUUUGACAGCACCCCCUCCUCUCUUCUCUUUUCAGAUGCCAACGAAUGCGAGGGCAAACCUUGUCUGAAUGCCAAUUCCUGCAGGAACUUGAUUGGCAACUACUAUUGCAACUGUGUCCCUGGAUGGACUGGCCAGAAUUGUGAUAUAAGUAGGCAUCUUUUCCUCUGUAUCCCCGAUACUGCUGCUUUUUUUGCUUGGGUUUCUGCGGGCAAGAGGUGACCUGUGUUCUGAGUUUUGAGGCUCAGCUUUUGGCAAUAGCCAGCAAAGGGUGGUGGUCAGCAGCCGAUUUUUUUAGAAAGGGAGUAGUUCGUCUGGCAUGAAUAAGAGGCCCUUUUUUCAAACCCAUUAGUCCACGACACCGGCUAUAUGCCGAUAAGGGGGCUUGAAACAAUGAUGUGAAGUUUUCCACUUAACUCCACUGUAAGAAUGGCUCGGGGUUCCCACCCAUUAUCCUGGCCUUAUCCGGAGGAAAACAUGCAGGAAGCUGGACAAAGGGAUUUAUCUAGCCUAGAGUUUCGAAGCCCGUUUGAAUUCUUUCUCGUGCCUUUCCUAUGCGCGCUGCCUUUCUAAAGGCUCACCUACUCCCAUAUGUGAUUGAUGCUAUUUUCUGACUUGCAGAUAUUGACGACUGCAUUGGACAAUGUCAGAAUGGAGGCACUUGCAGGGUAAGUUGCAGAUUAGUUGUGGAGAGCAAUGGCUGCGAAUCGCAGCGACGAGAACGCUGUCGGACUUGCCUCUUGCUUGCAGGCUUCCCAUGGGCACCCACGGGUGGCCACUGCAAGAACAGGGUGCUGGGUGGGCCAGUAGCCUGAAUCAACAAGGCUCGUCUUAAUGUAGUUAAACGGGAAGGGACCAAGUUUUAAGUCUUCCAUUCACUUAUUAUGCAGGAGCAUAUUGAUCUCAUCAGGACUUGACUCUCGGUAGAAAUGUAUAUGAUUUGAUCCAAGAAAUGGAUUGGGUUUCAAUGUACGUUUUCAACAGAAAUCAGUACUGCAGAAUAGGGAUCAGCCAUAUUCUAUCGGUCUUGCAUCUGAUCCAUGUUGCUUUUGAAUGCGUUUGCCCAGAAACCCACCCCAUUCCGUCUUCUGUGUUUAAUCUGCUGGUCUGCGCGCUUGAAAAUCCUGGUUGAAAGUUCGCCUUUAAAAUACACAUUUCGAAAUGAACAGGUUUUUUCCCCCCCUCUGUCGGAAUGCACAUUUUAAAAAUGGUUUCUGAGCUGAGAACUACAGCAAAGAACUGUGACGUGUAAAAAAUGACAGUUGAGAUUGGGAGUUGCGGAUUGGGUCGGUCUGAAUCAUGGAUGUAGACAGGAUUGGGGGGGGGCAGAACCUCAGCUGUGUAUUUUAUUGAUUUGUAUUGAUUUAGGCGGGGGCAGCCCCCUCCCCCCAGCUACGCCCAUGGUCUGCAUUGAAAUGCAUAGAUGAUCGGAUUUCUUGAGCACUCCUAUAGCAGAGAACCAAUUCUAAUAUCGUGGCACUGAUUCCAUCCUGAAUAAGCUUCUGGGACUUGAGAGCAAGAAGACAAGGAGGUUUCACAAUCUGAUCCCUUGAAGGUUUUAAAACAAAUAUGAGUGUGUACUUGAGACUCAACAGGGACAGUGUAGGCUCUCCAAAGGCUUACCGGGGGUGUGGCCUUCCUCGCAGUGUCAUAGGAUGAUCUCUUAAAUUAUUUUACACAAUGCAAAGUGAAAAUAGGACUAUAUCAAUUGAUAUUGUCAAAUCAUUGUUUUCCCCCCAUUUGGAAUACUGUGAAUUACUAUCUUCCGUUAUUAAUUUGCAUCCCGCUUACCUGCCAGAAUGGCUUUAUUUUCUUCCAUCUUUCCUCGGGGGGGGGGGGCAUACUCCCCUCCCCUUUUUAUUCUCCCAACAAUUUUGUGAGGUAGGCUAGGCUGAGAGGAAAGCGACUUUCUCAUGGCUAUCCACUGAGCCUCGUGGAAGGUCAAAGUAGGUGUAAUAGGAAUAGCCGUGUUUAUUGCUCACACGCAAAGUGUGUGUUGGGGUGUGUGUGUGUCUUGUUUUUAACACUGAGAGAUGCACCAAGUUAGGGGACUAAAACUACCCCAGCUUUUUACCAAGAUGAGAUUGUUUGAUCUCCUUUUUCCCCCUAGCACCACUGAAAAUCACAUGAAAUGGCCAGGGAGAAAAAUGGGUAGAAGCCAGAGAGUAUUAGGAGAAUAAACCUGGGGCAGGUGGUACAUCUCCCCUUGCCCUUUCGCUGUAAAAAUCAGUUGUGUCGUCCCCCUUGCUUUAUGUCUGAAUGGGGCCGCUAACCUGGACCAAUGUGCUUUGACCUGUCUAAUUCUGGGCUCAGUUCUGCAACCAGUUCUCUCAAAAAAGACCCAUUUUUUGUGUGUGUAUCCAUUGAAUGCUUCUGAUGGGCCAAGCGAAUUUUUUUGCUAUUUUUUCUUUUUUUAUAAAUACUUUUAUUGAGUUUUACAUAAGCAAUUUGAAUUGAAACAUCAUCGUUUAGGAUGAAUCCUUUGAUUUCCCUCUGCCCCUUCCAUGGUUAUCAACCUUUUUUCAACUGCCUCCCUUAUUUUCUCUAUUUUUUUUAAAAAAACCAAUGACCCAUUUUUACCAUAGUUCUUUGUAUAUUACAAGCAUUACUCUAAUCCUGCCAAAGUUUUUAGUUGUUUACAGUGCUCUCUUAAGUACAUUGUAAAUUUUCCCCAUUCCUCCUUAAAGUUCUUCUCUUCCUGGUUUCUGGUUUUCCUGGUCAGUUUUGCCAUCUCAGCCUAGUCCAUCAUCUUCAUCAGCCAUUCGUCGCUGUUCAGAACUUUAUCGUCUUUCCAUCCCUGGGCCAGUGGUAUUUGUGCUGCUGUCGUCGCGUACAUAAAUAGUCGUUUCUGCUCCUUCAGAAUCUUGCGGACUGUUUUUCUUUAUUUUCUUCCUCUCUGUGCCCUUUUUCAGGACUUGGUUAAUGGUUAUCGAUGCUCCUGCCCACUUGGCUACGCAGGGGAUCACUGUGAGAGAGACAUCGAUGAAUGUGCAAGCAACCCUUGUUUGAAUGGGGGCCACUGCCAAGAUGAAAUCAAUGGAUUCCAGUGUCUCUGCCCUGCCGGAUUCUCUGGAAAUGUCUGUCAGGUGAGGGCUGCUGAAACGCAAGCUCCAGAUAAGAGCCCCAAAGCUUCGACCGCUGUCCUGAAUACCUGUAUUCACCAAGUAGCGCUAUGGACCCCUCUCCCUCUCUUUUUUUUAAUAGCUGUGGGGCAAAGAAACCCAGGGCUCCGUAAAGUACACUGAAAAUUUGCAGUGCAUGUUUUCCAAGUUAUUACAAAUCAGCCCAAAUUAUUUAAAUUUAAUACAAUUUCCUAAAACAAUCAGGUUUCCCACUCCUGUUGCAAACAUAUGUCCAUUACUUCCUCACGUACCGCUUCCUUCCUCUUUAAUCUCCUCUUAAUCCUUCGCUUGAUCUUAGUCUAUUCUCACAGUUGACAUUUAUAGUUUCCUUACAUACAGCACCUCUGUUGUUUUUCAUGAAUAUAAAAUCCAUUUCACAUGUGUACUCCUUCAUAAACUUUCUCAGAACUGGUGCGUUGAGAAAGUUAACUGCCAUUAAAAAUUGCAGUAACUCUUGCAUGCUAGACCUUUGCCCCCUCCUUGAUAAACUUUUCGUUUGAGUGCAGUUGGCAAGUGUUGUUUUGUAUGCUGUACACAAGCGAUCGGGGGCGACGGAAUCAUAAUAAUAAUAAUAAAAAGGUCAGAUUCCGUAGCCGCUUCCUGCUUGUGGCAGUGUGAAGGAUAAUGAUAAUGAGCCCUUUGUCUUAAGGCGACCUCUUUUUUCCCUGCCUCCCCUUUUCCUCCUAGUUGGACAUAGAUUAUUGCGAGCCCAACCCUUGCCAGAACGGGGCGCAGUGCUUUAAUUACGAAAACGACUACUUCUGCAGCAACUGCCCCGAAGACUAUGAGGGAAAGAACUGCUCGCACCUCAAGGAUCACUGCCGCUCGACUCCUUGCGAAGGUAGGCGUUGCAUCUGGCCGGUCCGCUACGUUGCGGCCUGCUAUUUUUCCGGGGAGGUUGGCGGAAUGUGAUGCUUUGCUUUCUAAAGGUCUUGAGUUCAAUUCCUGACGCUUUCCGCCAGGACUGGGAAAACGCCUUUUUUUUGACAUCCUGGAGAGAACUGGCAUCUACUGGGCAAAUGGUCCGAUAUGGCAGAGGUGAGGAACCUUUGCCCCUUGGGUGUUUCCGCACUACAAAUCCCACCAGCCAGUUUUCAAGGAUGAUGGGAGUUGUUGUCUAGCGACACCUGGAAGGCCAAGGGUCCCACUAUAAGGCAAGGGUGUGGGGAACCUCAGGUGGGCGGCCCUCUUGUAAGGAUUUCACCUGGCUUGACUCUGUCCUUGAUCUGUGAUCGUACCCUGCAUGGUGGGUGCCCACCUGCAGCCACCAAGAAGUGUGGUUGGCACUGUGGUCUAAACCACUGAGCCUCUUGGGCUGUUGCCUAUCAGAAGGUCGGCGGUUCGAAUCCCCGUGACGGAGUGAGCUCCCGUUGCUCUGUCCCAGCUCCUGCCAGCCUAGCAGUUCAAAAGCACACCAGUGCAAGUAGAUAAAUAGGUACCACUGCGACAGGAAGGUGCUCUGGUUUCCAUCACGGUGUUCUGUGGACAGACGCUGGCUCUCUUGCCCUGAAAGCAAGAUGAGUGCCACAACCCCAUAGUCUCCAUUGACCGGACUUAACUGUCCAGGGGUCCGUUACCUUUUCUUUCCUGCAGCCACCUUUGGGUAUGUGGCCCCUGAAACACUGUCCACAAGGGAUGGUGGCUUCAAAGACCAUUUUCCAACUCUGUUUUUGGGCAUCUUUUUUUAACUACCAUAUUCCUAGCUCUGUCGUACAGAAGGCAAAAACAGCGGAGUGUUGGCUUUCGGGGGUGGGGUGGGGGUGGCAGGGAGUAAUUCUGCAGCUCUAUAUGUUGCCCUUGUUAGGCCACGGCUUAUAUGCGUGGCUCAGAAUGGGACUUUCACGUGUAGCUCAGCUGUGUCAUCAUAGUGUAUUGUGGUUCCUUGGUACGAGUCGCUGUGGCCCUGAGGCUUUUGGGUACAGUAGUACCUCGGGUUAAAACUUAAUUCGUUCUGGAGGUCCGUUCUUAACCUGAAACUGUUCUUAACCUGAGUACCACUUUAGCUAAUGGGGCCACCCGCUGCCGCCGCGCAAUUUCUGUUCUCAUCCUGAAGCAAAGUUCUUAACCCGAGGUCCUAUUUCUGGGUUAGCAGAGUCUGUUACCUGAAGCAUCUGUAACCCGAGGUACCACUGUACUUGAAAAAGGCUUGCAUUAGACCUCAGGUGGCUAACCUCAGCCCCCUGCCCCAUCCAUUUUUCCUAGACCUUUCAAGACCCUCACAAAUUUUGACAGCUCAGAUGGGGGCGGGGAAGUAAACACAGCUUGGGGGGGGGGUAGAUGGGGAAGUUUAAACCUCCCUGCCUAGCCCACGGGACAAGACAACUACGACCCCCCACCCGAAUCAUCAUAUUAAUAAUUUGAGUUGGGAGGAGGCAGGAGCUGAUCUCCGUGGCUUAGCUGAGAGGCACGGUUGCAUAUCAGGGUGUCCUAUACUUGCACAUGGGAGUGGGGUGCCCCCGCCGCUGGAAUGUGGCUCCCGUUGGCGAAGAAAUCUGGCCCCCGCUGUUUUAUAGGGCCUGCUUGUUUUAAGAGAAAGCACAAAGCCCUUGACCCACAGGAGGCCGGGGACGGUGUGGGUCUUUCGAGAGCUCAUGUUGGGUCCGUGUCUCCUUCCCCCUGCAGUCAUUGACAGCUGCACGGUUGCCGUGGCGUCCAACAGCACCCCGGAAGGCGUCCGCUACAUCUCUUCCAAUGUCUGCGGUCCCCACGGGAAGUGCAAGAGCCAGGCGGGAGGCAAAUUCACAUGCGAAUGCAGCAAAGGCUUCACUGGCACCUACUGCCACGAAAGUAAGUUUUUCCUUGCCCUGCUUUUGUGGUGAACCCGGCUCUCCCUUUCUCCACAGCCACCUGUGUAAAUGCCUUGCACGCCGCAGCUUGUUUGGCCUUGGGAGCCAGGGGUUGGCUGCAGUCACCAAGGACACUUUUGGACUUUUGCUCCAAGUUCGUUCCUUCCUCCUUGGUGGGCCAGUUGAUGCUAAUAUUCCCUUGGCCUCAAGGAAACUCGUUUUAAGAGGCUCCUAGCCUUGAACGUAAGGGACGCGGGUGGCGCUGUGGGUUAAACCACAGAGCCUAAGACUUGCAGAUCAGAAGGUCGGCGGUUCGAAUCCCCGCGACGGGGUGAGCUCCUGUUGCUCGGUCCCUGCUCCUGCCAACCUAGCUGUUCGAAAGCAUGUCAAAGUGCAAGUAGAUAAAUAGGUACCGCUCCGGCGGGAAGGUAAACGGCGUUUCUGUGCGCUGCUCUGGUUCGCCAGAAGCAGCUUAGUCAUGCUGGCCACAUGACCCGGAAGCUGUUUGCGGACAAACGCCGGCUCCCUAGACCAAGAAAGCGAGAUGAGCGCUGCAACACUAGAGUCGGUCACCACUGGACCUAAUGGUCAGGGGUCCCUUUACCUUUAGCCUUGAACGUGCACCUUGGGUUUAUGUUUUUUUUAAAAAAAAUAAAUGCCAACUUUAUAAACAUACAAAAGGCCUCCAGCAGUAGAUGGCAAAUUUUACGCUGGGGGGGUUUAUGAGCCGUCUUAAAGGAAUGUUUUCAAACCUUUUAAGGUAUGGAGAGUUGGCUUGCUUUUUUUAGGAGCCUUCUCCUUUCGCUUGUCUUUUCUUCUUCUUCUUUUUUGGCACUGGGUUGCAGUUUGGGUCCAGACGGAGCAAGCUCUGGGUUCAAUGGUUAACCCACCUCCUUCAUCCAGCCCCAGUUUUCUAAACUUCCUUUUUUGUGCUUCAUCUCUUUUAAUUUUGUUGCAGACAUCAACGAUUGCGAGAGCAACCCGUGUAAGAAUGGCGGCACGUGUAUUGACGGCAUCAAUUCCUACAAAUGCAUUUGUAGCGAUGGAUGGGAAGGCACCUUUUGCGAAGCCAGUAAGCGGAUCUUUGUUUCUCUAGUGGAAGGGAGGUGGUUGAGGGAUGGAGACUCUGCCGUUCUUCGUGUUGACACUUUUCACAUCCUCUGUCUGGACUGCAGUCCUGAAAAGAUCUUCUUAAGGAGCAGUUGGUGUUUUUUGUUCUUAAAAGAAAGACGCUACUCUUUUAUUUAUUUAUUUAUUUAUUCAUUCAUUCAUUCAUUUAUUCAUUCCAUUUUGAUACUGCUUUAUAUUUUUAAGAAAAAAAUCUCAAAAGUCGUUUACAACAUAGUAAAACUUCAGAUAAAACAAUUCAGAACAAAACAUUGCUAAUUUUUAUUCGUUUUCAAUUACAAUAAUCCAAUAAUAGCCUCAGUAUAACAAUGCCAAAUUACAACACAAUUCCCAAUAUUAAUCAUUCGAAUACCAAAGUUCAUAAUUUAGGUGGUCCCCACAUGCUAGAAUUGAUGGUUUGAUUAUUUCCUUUAUUCUUGCGCUCCAAAGUCUUACUGAUUUCAGUUACAUUCCAGUCACAAUAAUAAUCCCUUAUACAGCAGCUGCAAUAUUUAUAACUUCCAUUUGUAUUGACACAUUUAAUGAUUUAUAAGUCCACAAUGAUUUAUAAGUCUACUUCACUUGAAUAAUAAAACAUUGCUGAAGAAAGUCAAAUAUCAAGCAUACACUCAAAGCAACCUACUUAACAGGAAACUAAAAUAUUAUCUCAAAAGAUUUAAAAAUGAAACAUUACAAAGGAGGUUAACUGCAGAAUGCGCGUUCAAUACAGCAAAGUGAAUCGAGAAAACCUUGAGCAUUGAAAGCAUUGCUAAUUAUAAAAUGCACAUUUAAAACAGCAUAAUUAGCAAGAGAAUUAAAUGUUAUCAUGAGCAAAGAACAUAUCUGCUGCUGUUGCUGCCAGUCCUGCCAAUGGUGGUUCAUGGCAUCUGGCUUCUGUGGAAGCUCAGACUCAGUGACCUGGGUCUGCACUAAGAGACAGCCAAGAUGGUCUCUGGCCUCCUUAGCGGCCUCAGCUUUUGUAGCUGGAGUCAAUCAGAGUGCUGCCCUCCCAGGCUAGGUGGAAAGAGGCCUGCCAGGCAGGGAGCAGGUCUUCUAGAACUCACAGCCAAGAUGGCACCCUCUCCAUCUCUGCCUGGAUUUUGGUUCUUGAUUUGGGCCAGCAGACAGACAGCUUGCUGGGUUUCUGCUACAUAUGCAGCACCAUAAGCUACAGAAGAGUUGGAUUCCUCUUGGGCUUGCCACUCGGAAGGUUGGCAGUUCGAAUCCCUGUGACGGAGUGAGCUCUCGUUGCUCUGUCCCAGCUCCUGCUACAACCUAGCAGUUCAAAGGCACGCCAGUGCAAGUAGAUAAAUAGGUACGGCUGCAGCAGGAAGGUAAACGGUGUUUCCGUGCGCUCUGGUUUCCGUCACAGUGUUUGGUUGCGCCAGAAGUGGUUUACUCAUGCUAGCCGGAAAGCUGUUUGUGGACAAACGCCGGUUCCCUCGGCCCAAAAGUGAGAUGAGUGCCGCAACCCUAUAGUUGUGUUUGACUGGACUUAACCAUCCAGGGGUCCUUUACAUUUUAACCUUACCUGUAUUCCAGUGGUGAUGCACAAACACAUCUUAGAAUUGGCAAACCACACUUUUUCUUUAGUAAAAAUCAAAACAGCUGCUGUUCUGAUCUAAAUUGCUCCCCAAGCGGAAGAAAGUUUCUAUAUGUCGGAUUCCUUUUUCGACUUGACUAAAUGUUUUGUGGGUUGCCAAUCUGCUUGUGUGUAACGUGCUCGGCACAAGAUGCUUUCCUUGCCACGGUUCAUGGAACCGUUCGAUCUACUUAAAUGAUCUGGCUGGCUCCUUUGACUCUGGAGUUAAGUGACUCUGGAGUUGCUUAAACUAUAUUUUUGCCUUGUUAUAAACCGGAGAAGUUUUGAAGAGAUAAAAAAGAUGUACGUUUAGGGAUGAUACAUGUGAUGAAAUCCUGGCUGCCAGUAAUUUGAGUUCAGAAGGGAAUGGGUCACUUAAACUAGAGUGAUCUUUUUGCCAGCCCAAGUACUGCUGAAUAAAGGGCUUGAAUGUUUUAUAUCCAUGUAUUUUCCUCUAUAAAGACAGAACAUCUCAUUGCUCCUGUCUUGGCAUCGUAGAACAGCCUCCCCCAACUUUGUGCCUUCGAGAUGUUGGGACUCCAAUUCCCAUCAGCCCCAGCCAGCAUGGGCAGUGCUUGAGGACGAUGGGUGUUGUAGUCCAACAAUUUGAGUCCAAACAUCCCCCCAGCCCUGGUUUAUGAGGCUUCUGUCGGUAGAAACCUUUACUGUAAGGCUUUCUCUUGCUGUUAUUUAGUUUUGAGAUGAUGACUAGCUUUUAAUCCACACACAGUUUCCCAUCUCUGAAAUACCUCCCUUUUCCUCUCCGCUGCUUCGAGAAGGCAGAGGAGGGGCUGAACUGCUAGCCUUUGGCCUUGACACAGAAUCAUUAUGUAAUAAGGCCUCAUUUGCUUUCAGCUUAACUGUUAUAUUUGUUUCGAGGGAGCCAGAGUGGUGUGUGUUGGCAAGGGAAGUUGAAAGUGAGCGGUGGGGUAUGGUGCAGAAUAAACAUGAUAACGUCAGCGGUGGCAUUAAGGCGCUUAAUCCAGACUUUGGGAUGGGAGGGCAAAAGGAGGGCUGUGACAUGCCUGAGGAUAAAAGCAAGCUCUUUUGCCACAACGCUUCUUUCCCCCUCCUUAAACUCCCUCCUCUUCCUUCCAGAUAUCAACGACUGCAGCAAAAACCCCUGCCACAAUGGAGGAACAUGCAGAGACUUGGUGAACGAUUUCUUCUGCGAGUGCAAAAAUGGCUGGAAAGGGAAAACCUGCCACUCGCGUGAGUGUUUUUUGGGAGAUAUCCCAGAUCGGUGCCACCACUAAAGUUCGGCGGUGCCUAGUUUGGCCUAUGAAUGGGGCCGGCUUAUUAUAAUAGCCUCAUUGGCCGAUCGUCACCGUGUGCCGUAAACUGGCACACGGUGAAAAGGCAGCCUCUCCACUCGCACCCGUGUCUCACUCCUCCCCUAAUGGGAACAACAAACCACAACGCUUGGCUUACCUUGAUGUCGGAACCUGAGAUUGUGGUUUUGUUUUUUCCCCCCUUCCCCAUAAACAAAUUGCGAUCAGCAAGCCAAGAUGUGUACUUGGCUCGGUGAUCGUGCUUCGUUGGGGAGAAGCAAACCACAAUCUUGGGUUUGGGACAUCGCGAGGAGCCAAGCUUUGUGGUUUGUUUCCUUGCGCCGGGCAGGGGAGCGAAGCCGGAGUCAUUGUUUACAGCAAGCCGUGGUUCGUGGCUGACUGCGUUGUGCAACGAAGUGUCGUUUUUCCCAUCCCCCAAAGUACAUUGAGGUUGUUGUUUUUUAAAGGAUCAGAUCAGGAGUUUGAAACUAGAUGCGUUAUAGGCACACAUGCCAAAGUUCUUCCUUAAGAUUAAUCUCUUUAUUUCCCGGGUGCCAAACCAUGGACAGAUAAACUGGGGGAAUGUCAAAGCUCAAGGUCUCUGUGCCUCCUGUCAAUCAAACGGCCAUUCCCAAGAACCAAUUCUUGAAUGCACAUACGUGUAGUGCGGUUGGUGUUCACGUUCUAAGACCAUGAGCUGGAAAGGGUAAAAGAGUAUUGGGAAAUGGUACAUAAUGAAUUAAUAAAAAUGUUCAAAAGUACUUUCCCAAAAAAUCCAGAGUACUUUCUGUUGGGGAUAACUAAGACUGAAAUUCCCAGUGGUCAAAAAAGGCUAUUUAUGUAAGCAACAACUGUGGCCUGUGUUAGGUUAGCCCAAAAAUGGAAAAUGAGCAAGGUCCUAAGCAAUGAAGAAUGACAGAAUAUGUACAACUUGCAGAUUUAACAUAUAGAAUAAGAGAACAAGAAGAACAUACGUUUAGAGAAGAUAGGAAAGCAUUUAUUGAAUACAGGGAAAAUAAUUGUGUACAGCUGAAAACGCUGGUAGCAUGAAGAUAACUUCAACAGUGUAAAUAAGUUUUGAUGGCUGUAAUAAUGGAAUACUGAAUGGUAUAGUUUCUGUAAAAUAUGCAGGGAUUUAUGAUAUGUAAAAUGAACCAUGGAGAGAGAAGAAGGGAAGUCACUGAUAUCUUAAGGAUGUGAAAAUGAGUACUUUAAAUGGUAAAACAGAAAAUUUAAUAAAAGUUAUAUAUAUAAGACCAUGAGCUGGAAGGUGGGAUGCAAUAACUUUCAGGGAAACGGGCAAGCUGUUUCUGCAACGAUUUCCUGGAGAGCCUGUCUGCCCUGCACCCAUUCCACAUACAGCUUGAGGGGGAGUGCGUUUCGCUUCUAACUAAUCCUGCUUUUUCAUUCGAACGCCUGCAGGUGACAGUCAGUGUGACGAAGCCACAUGCAACAACGGAGGGACCUGCUAUGACGAGGGAGAUGCCUUCAAGUGCAUGUGUCCCGCAGGAUGGGAAGGAGCCACCUGCAACAUCGGUUAGUAAAUGGUCGUGGGCUCUGCUCAUCAUAAUAUAUUUUGAUGGGUAGGGGGACCUGCGGUCCUCUGGAUGUGACUGGACUCCCUUUCCCUGUCCUGGCUGACCAGUGGCCGUACUAGCUGGGGGCUGGCGGGUGUCGGGAGUUCAGCAGCAUUAUUUCCUUGUAACAUUUGUACACGGCCUCGGCCCAGUAUACCCGAAGGAGCGUCUCCACCCCCAUUGUUCGGCCCGGACACUGAGGUCCAGCUCUGAGGACCUUCUGGCGGUUCCCUCAUUGCGAGAAGUGAGGUUACAGGGAACCAGGCAGAGGGCCUUCUCGGUGGUGGCGCCCUCCCAUCAGAUGUCAAGGAAAUAAAACAACUCUCUGACUUUUAGAAGACAUCUGAAGGGAGCCAUGUUUAGGGAAGUUUUUAAUCUCUGAUGUUUUACUGUAUUUUUGAUGUUUUGUUGGAAGCCGCCCAGAGUGGCUGGGGAAACCCAGCCAGAUGGGCGGGGUAUAAAUAAUAAAUUAUUAUUAUUAUUUAUUUAUUUAUUAAAUUUAUUACGCUGCCCUUCCUCCGUACAUCUCAGGGCAGUUCACAUUCAGGCCAGAGGUUCGGCAUCCCUGAUUUAAAACCCUGUGCCGUUUUUGAGAACUUUGCCAGAAACUCUGUUUUGCUUCUUCUUUUUCCAGCAAGGAACAGCAGCUGCCUCCCGAACCCUUGUCACAAUGGCGGGACAUGUGUUGUCAGUGGAGAUUCCUUCACGUGUGUGUGCAAAGAGGGCUGGGAAGGACCGACUUGCACUCAGAGUAAGCGCUUUCUCUCUUUUCCCCUCUCUCUCAUAUACCCAAACUCUUUCUGAAGUGGCGGUGGCUGACGAUGAGAAAACUGGCUCAUCUCGUUGCCCUCGGGGAUUUGAGAUUAAAACCAGAAGGGGGAAGCUUCUUUGAUGUGGGGCGUUCGCAUCACCUGAAUCAUUGGGCUUUAAUGACAUUGUGGGACUGGAGCUUUGACCUGGGCCUGAGAAAGUUGCAAAUGAAAUAAGUGGAAACAGAUGUUUUCGUGUUCACAAUGCCGCUUCCCUUCAACCCACCCACCACCCUGGAAAAAAACAUUAACUCUGGUUCGUUCACAUCUGUUCCUUGGUUGCAGCAGCCUGGCCACUUUGGAAUCUGUUGAUGUUUCUUCCUGACAAUACUUUGCAAAGAAUCCUAUGUGUGUGUGUGUGUGUUUUAGAAAUUUAGUUCAAACCUGUUUUGGAAGGGGACACCUGUAGACAGUGCUUUUUUCUGGGGGACGCACACGCAGGGGUAAGCAUACCCCUAAACAUUUUGUGACUCUGUUUGGCCUCAUUGAGGGCAGUACUUCAAUACGAGUAGGAAAAUGAGAGUAAACUUUUUUUUAAAAAAGGAAAAAAAGCACUGCCUGUAGAAAUCCAGAGUGCUAAUUGUGCAUCUUUGUCUCUUAUCUCUUUGCAGAUACCAACGAUUGCAGUCCGCAUCCAUGGUAAGCAGAUGGGCCUGGGACUAAAUUGCACUUUUAAACCGUCAAAUUCAGCAUAUUCUGUCAGCUUUUGGAUCCAAUCUUGUAUAGAGGGAAUUUCAUUACUCUUCCAUUUAGCCACGAUAAGAACUCUUUAAAAGCUGCUUUUAAAUGAUCUAAAGGAUGGAAGUUGAAGGCUGCCCAUAGAAAUAAAUGGGGGGAUCCAUGAUUUUAAUGGAGCUGGGAUUUGGCCUCAGUGUGUCUACUCCCACCCCCAGCACCCCAGAAACAUCCCCAGUGGACACUGAUCAUUUUCAUUGGACCCAGAAUAGGGGACCUCUUGGAUAGGGGAACCAGGUGGGAGGAAAGGACUGGAGUGGCCAGAAGCUUAAAUACAGAAGCAGUCCAUGCUGCAACAUUUUGUCACAGGUCCCAUUUGUGCAACAGUAUUCUCUUCUACUUUAAAAUCAAAACGGGCUGGUGUUGCUUAAGUUACAAUUGUGUAAGCUGCUUUUUGCUAAAGGGCUUAAAGAACAUGCAUUUGUGAAAGUGAGAAAGCGUCGGCUAAGCAAAGUUCUUUCUUGUUCUCCCCAAACAGCUAUAAUAGUGGGACGUGUGUGGAUGGAGACAAUUGGUACCGCUGCGAAUGCGCUCCAGGCUUUGCAGGUCCCGACUGCAGGAUAAGUAUGUGUUAGCAAUCCUUCAGCUCUUAACUUUGGCCUAAAGUUGCAUUAGAACAGGAGGUGCAAUAUAUGUUGUUGUUUUUGCUAAAUUGCGGUUUGCACAUAUGGCGCUUUCUGUGUCGCUUGGCAAGAGACUCCAGUGGCAGUUCUUUUAAUCAAAUAUAAUGCCCCUGAGAGAUCUGUGCCCCUGUUUGCAGGAGAAAAUGAGUGAUGCUAAAAGUCUCCUGAAAAACAGUAGAGUAAGUUGGUUCUAAUUUGCCCAGAGUCCCGUGGGUUCUGGUGACCGCUAGCAAUCUGUGAAUUGGAAACUUCAAGUGUCAAGAAGAGCAUGGGUAGGCAAACUAAGGCCUGGGGGCUGGAUCCGGCCCAAUCACCUUCUAAAUCUGGCCCAUGAACAGUCUGGGAAUCAGCGUGUUUUUACAUGAGUAGAAUGUGCCCUUUUAUUUAAAACGCAUCUCUGGGUUAUUUGUGGGCAUAGGAAUUCAUUCAUUCAUUUUUUAUUCCCCUCCCCCCCCAAAAAUAUAGUCCAGCUCCCCACAAGGUCUGAGGGACAGUGAAAAAGUUUGCUGACCCCUGUCAAUGCAUUUCAUGGGGCUUCAAAGCUCUCCUUAGACUGGGCCCUUUCAGAGCUCCUGUGAUGAGGAAUUCUGCCCAAUAAAAAAUGUUUCCUAAAUUAGUAGCAGAGGGCGUUUUUUGCCUGCAGAACUAGAGGUUGCGUAUGUGUUAAAAGCAAGAGGCCACCUCAGGAUUUAAAAAGAAGUGCAACCAGGAAACAAGAAAUAGUUUAUGCCAAUAAUGCAAAUUGGACAUGGAGGCCACAUUGGAAGGGCAUUUUUGUUGAGGGUAGAAAAUGGCUGGCAGGUCCCAGGUCCUGGAAUCAACCCCCUUAGCUUCUCUAGCAGUGUUAGAAACGCAGAUAUAUAAGCUAGGCUCCAAAUAGCUCCUUAAAACCAAGGUUGCAGUCGCCAAAGUGAAAUGCCUGGUUGCCAUUUUGGGGGCAAGGCGGCUCUAAAGUCUUAUUUUUCAAAUGAUGGACUGGCUGUGAUUGAUUGAUCAGUUACACAUCUGGCUAGUUCAGAUGACAACCCUCAGUGGUUCUCAACCUGUGGGUCCCCGGAUGUUGGACUACAACUCCCAUCAUCCCUGACCACUGGUCAUGCUGGCUAGGCAUGAUGGGAGUUGUAGUCCAACAACAUCUGGGGACCCACAGGUUGAGAAACACUGAGCUAGAUUAAGAACUCUGAGAACUUAUUUAAGUUCUCACCUGAUCCAGGGACAGUCUACAUAUAUAUUGGCCUAUUCCUGCCUCUUUUUCUGAAUGGUGACCAUUUAGAACAUAGCAAUAUUCUUCACAACCUAUGAGCAGGUCAGUGGGAAGGGGGUAGGCAAAGACAAGCAACAACAAGCAACUAACGUUGUUCGCUGCUCCUGCUCUUGCUUCACAGAAAAAGCCUUUUGGUUCCUGGAAUUCAUUCCGGUUGUGCAGAUAAAAUAUAACUGGUAGAAUUCUAUAGGAUGUGUUGCUAGUGUGUGGAAAAAGUCAACAUUUGAGGAUCCUCUGGCAUGCACCUCCAGAUGGUGGAGAUGUCAGGUGCCAGGGCAUCUUCACUUGGUAGCAAAUGUGCAAAAUGCGCACUUGACUCUAGCCAAGACAGAAGAUACUUGGCAAGAAACCCCAGAGAGCUAGCCCUGGUACUGUAAAAGGCAGCUUUGUAGGUUAGCAUAUGAGCUUUGCUGAAAAUUAUUAAGUAACUACUUGUGUCCUGAUUUUCCUUUAAAAUCUUUUUAAAAAUUUUGAGCAAGGUUCGCAGCUUUACAACUCUUCAUUCGGGUGGGUGGGGGGAUUGAUCCAUGCAGCCCAUAUUAAUUAAUUACACCAUCGUUAUUCCUACUAAUCUUCUUUCCCCCCUCUGCCUCACCAGAUAUCAACGAAUGCCAGUCCUCGCCCUGUGCUUUUGGAGCAACAUGUGUCGAUGAAAUCAACGGGUACCGUUGUAUCUGCCCAGCCGGCCGCAUUGGCCCCAGAUGCCAAGAAGGUAUUGGAUAUAUAUAUAUAUAUAGUAGUUCGUCGCUUAUAAAGUAAAACAAAGCCUCCUUUCCUUCCCAGUAGUUAAUAUGGAUGAGCAAACAAUUCCAGAAUGUCUAUCUGUGCUGGUGCGAAAGCUGAGGUGGGGAGCCUGUGGCCUUCCACAACUCCCAUCAUCCCUGACCAUCGCACAUCCUGAAAGUUGGUGCUGAUGGGAUUUUGGAGUCCCAAUUUCAUUUGGAGGACCACCCCUAAGACGGAGAAUUCAGUGUUAUGUUGGAGGGGAUGCCAGGAAACCGGGACUUACAUUCACAUGUGGUGGGGUUGUAAAAUAUGUACAAUUUUUUAUGGCAAAGGGUGUUUAAGGAGAUAACAGAAAUCACCAGGUUAAAGCUGACUGAAAGUCCAGCGGUAGCAUUGUUAUCAAUUUAUGAUGGGGUGGAAGGUACACUGGCUUUCAAGGACUUGCUCACAAAUUUACUGACAGCUGUGCGAGUUAUUAUAGCUAGGAAGUGGAAGGGGCAAACAGAAUAUAAAAUGGAAGAAUGGUAUAAAGAGGUGUGGGAUAUAGCUAUUAAUGGUAAACUAACACGUGCCAUUAAGGUAAGAUGGGGAAUAUGCAGGAGAAAUGAUUUUGAGGAGAUAUGUUUGCAGAAUUUGUACUGUUAAAACGGAAAGGGGUCAAACUAUCGCAAGAGGCAUUGAAAUUUUGGGAGGUUGGAUAGUUACGAUGGAAUGGUCUUGGUGGCGGGGUGCACAGUUUUAUUCUUUUUUAUUUAUGAUUAUUAUGUUUUCAAAAUAAAAUAAUAUUAAUAAUAAUGAUAAUAAUAAUAGAAAUACCAAAAAAGCAGCUUGUUGAAAAAAAUUCUACAUAUGUACACAUCUGUUAAAAAAUCAAACCCAAUACUCGGGUUCCUUUACUUAAAGUAUCUCAUAAUUCAUAAAAUGUUGAGUCCAAGGCAUCUCUGUGAAUUAAUCCCUGAACCGCUUUCCCUCUCAGUUUCAGGGAGGCCUUGCAUCGGCAGUGGGCACAUUAUUCCAGAUGGAACUAAAUGGGACGACGAGUGUAAUAGCUGUCAAUGUGUGAACGGAAAAGUCACGUGCUCUAAGGUACUGUCCUGGGACUCCUGGCUGCUUCAGCCUGCCUCCUUUUCAAUGCGUUCCAAGUGUCCGGCUGCCAACUGAAUGGUCUUUUCCGUUCUAGGUCUGGUGCGGUCCGAAGCCUUGCUUGAUAAGCGCCAAAGUUCACAGCGAGUGUCCCACAGGCCAUACCUGCCACCCUGUCAAAGAGGACCACUGCUUCGUAGGCCCCUGCGACAACAUAGGCGAAUGCUGGCCUUCCAAUCAGCAGCCCGUGAAAAGCACGUGCAACUCCGAUGCUUACUAUCAGGACAACUGUGCCAACAUCACUUUCACCUUCAAUAAAAAGAUGAUGACUCCAGUAAGUUGGUCUCGAAAAGAGCAGCUACACAAAUGCCUUUGCAAGCAAUUCCAAAGCAUAAACUGACAGGGCAGCUUCUACCAGCUCCUUCUGGUACGCAGGCUAAGACCCUACCUGCCCGUGGACUGUCUCACCAGUCUGAUUCAUCCUCUAGUUAUCUCCCGCUUGGACUACUGCCAUGCGCUCUACAUGGGGCUACCUUUGAAGGUGACCCGGAAACUACAACUAAUCCAGAAUGCGGCAGCUAGUCUGGUGACUGGGAGUGGCUGCCAGGACCAUAUAACACUGGUCCUGAAAGACCUAGAUUGGCUCCCAGUACGUUUCUGAGCACAAUUCAAAGUGUUUGUGCUGACCUUUAAAGCCCUAAAUGUCCUCAGCCCAGUAUACCUGAAGGAAUGUCUCCACCCCUAUCGUUCAGCCUAGACACUGAGGGUCUUCUGGUGGUUCCCUCACUGCAAGAAGUGAGGUUACAGGGAACCAGGCAGAGGGCCUUCUCGGUAGUGGUGCCCGCCCUGUGGAACGCCCUCCCAUCAGAUGUCAAGGAAAUGCAACCUAUAUACAACUUUCUAGGAUGCUCCAUGGGGAGGAUCAGAGGUAGAAUAGUGGGAGCAGCAGCAGAUGUGACUCUUAGCUUUGGACAUCAGGUUUACAUUCGAACCACGGGAAAGUUGGAAGGCCACUCUUGCUCUAAACCCAUGCGAGCAAGAGGCAGUGCCAUGAUCAGUGAUAUAUCUCAGCUGGGCAAAAGCAGUUGAAGAGAGUGUAGAAUGAGGCCAGUAUGUGAUAUGCAGCCUGGGGAAAGUCUCAAGGCCUUGAUGGGCCUCAUUCAGCCCUGAAGUCCCCUCACCCCUGAGGUUUAAAAAAGCCAUCUACCACAGAAACUACUGUAGCACACCCUUCCCUCCCGUUCCUCUAGGCUACCUGUAUGCCUUGCUGUAUUCUGGCAUCCACCCUUUGGCCCAAGGAGUUUGACUUGCUCACAGCAACUCGGUUGAGCAAGGGAUUGAACUUUUUAAAUUUUAUAUUCUUUAUUGAAAAAUAAAAAGUACAAGUGCACAGAGGGAGACCUGAAGAAACGAGAAAUAGUACCUGUGUAGAAAACAAAAUGACAGGGACGCGGGUGGCACUGUGGGUUAAACCAGAGAGCCUAGGACUUGCUGAUCAGAAGGUCGGCGGUUCAAAUCCCCACAACGGGGUGAGCUCCCGUUGCUCGGUCCCUGCUCCUGCCAACCUAGCAGUUCGAAAGCACGUCAAAGUGCAAGUAGAUAAAUAGGUACCACUCUGGCGGGAAGGCAAACAGCGUUUCCGUGCACUGCUCUGGUUCACCAGAAGCAGCUUAGUCAUGCUGGCCACAUGACCUGGAAGCUGUACGCCGGCUCCCUCGGCCAAUAAAGCGAGAUGAGCGCAACAACCCCAGAGUCGGCCACGACUGGACCUAAUGGUCAGGGGACCCUUUACCUUUAGAAAACUAAACAGAAAUAAGAUAUUAUGUACAUUACAAGGGGGGGGGGGGGACUUGUUAUUGUAGUUAACCAGACCUUAAUCUAAUGGGGCAUUUAUAAAGCAAGGGAUUAAAGUUGGCUUUCCCAAAGCCAAGCCUAACUAGCUGCCGGGGGCUACUUCACAUUUGACAUGUAAUAAAGGCGUGCAUUUAGAAAAGUAUGAACGCUAAAAACAUGUCCCAUCCAGGUGUACUCAUCAGGGAGUUGAGAUCAGUCUGAAGUGCCCUAUGGAGUCCACACUUGGACCACGCCAUAUGCAGAGUCAACGUCAGCAGAUCUCCAGGAUUUAAAAUGGGGGGGGGGGGUUCCUCUACCUGGAAAUGCUAGGAACUGAACCGGGGACCUUCUAAAUGCAAAACAUGUGUUGUACCACUGAGCAAUGGCCCUUCUCUGGGCAAUGGCCUUUAUUCCUUGCCAGUGACCCAAUUGGCAGUUGUGGAUAUUAUGGCUUCUGCUAUAAUGUAGAUCAGGGAUGGGGAACUUUGUAGUUGAACAACCUUUGGAGGGGCCCAACUCUCGUCAUCGCUGACCAUUGGCCACGUUGCCUGGGACGGAUGAGGCUUUAGGUCGACCACAGGUUCCCCACUCUUGACCUAAGAGGCAACAUUCUCUGUGGAGUUGUAGCCAGGUGCAAAUGGCAACGAGAGAAGUGCCAUUGAUUUAUGUUCUUGCCAUAUGUCCUCUUCUGUCAAAAGUACUCAUGUUCUGUGUUUGCUCUUUUCCCACAGGGCCUUACAACUGAGCAUAUCUGUAACGAGCUGAGGAAUCUAAGUAUCUUGAAGAAUGUGUCCGUGGAAUACUCCAUCUACAUCACGUGUGAACCGUCGCACUUGGCACACGAUGAAAUCCACGUUGCGAUUGUAAGUCUGAUGGUUGGCAUGCCUGACUUAUCUCUCUAAACGUUGAGACGCAUUGCUCUGUCUCAGUGGGAAAGAGUAGGUUCUCUGUUUAACUACGAUCUAAUUGGAUAUUGCCCAUAGACAUAAAUACAUGUGAUAUAAACAAUAAAACGGCAAAUGCAACAAUUCAGGUUCUGAAAGCAAUGACAAAAUACAACCAACAUGUACAAACAAAGCUAGUGGCAGCAAGGUGUUGUGCAUUAAAAUGAACAACAGUGAAUCUUGGAUGUUAACACAUUUGGAAGAUUGUGGAAGUGAAUUGUUAUUAUUGGUUAAAUUUGUGUACCGCCCUAUACCUGCAGGUCUAAGGCGGUUCACAACAUAAAAUCACAGUAUAAAAACACACACACACAAACCAAGGACAACCCAAUAAUCUGCCCCCCCCUUCCCAAAACAUUUUAAAAGUGUAUUUGAUGUCAAUCAGCCGAAAGUCUGGAUAAAGAGGAAUGUUUUUGCCUGGCGCCUAAAGGUGUAUAAUGAAGGCACCAGGCAAACCUCCCUGGAGAAAGCAUUCCACAAAUGGGGAGCCACUACAAAAAAGGCCCUGUUCUCGUGCUGCCACCCUCCGGACCCCCCAUGGAGGAAGCGCACAAAGAAGGGCCUCAGAAGAUGAUGUCAGGGAAGGUUCAUAUGGAAAGAGACGGUAUUGUGGUCCUCAGCCAUCAAAAUGAAUGUACCAGCAGAACCUGGGCGGGGGGGAUUAUUCUGGGAUCAUAUCACCACCACAAAGAAGAUCCUGUCUUGUGCUCACUCAUCAAAUCUUCCAAGAUAGCACCAAGAACAAGACAGCCAAUGCUGAUCUUAAUCCCCAAACAAGCCUAUUGGAGGGUUCUAGAGUCUAGAUUCCCUCCCAAAGGAUGUUUUGAAAGGGUUGGCAUUCUGCACAAUUCACUGGAUUGACAUUGGCACUUGGUAAUAACUUGAUGCAUGUCCUGUACUUAUAGAAGCUAGUGUUCCCCAUAUUUUGAUGUUAGACCAGAGUCUCCAUGUUUGUUUGGUCCUCUUGUGAGCAUUGGGUUAGCGAUUCUUCUUCACGUUGUCUCUAAUACACAAUCUUACUCUUUCACGUAGUCUGCCGAAGAUAUCCAGGAGGAAGAGAACCCGAUAAAAGAAAUAACAGACAAAAUUAUUGAUCUGGUGAGCAAGCGUGAUGGGAAUAGCACGCUUAUCGCAGCGGUUGCAGAAGUCCGGGUACAGAGGCGACCAAUUAAAAGCAAAACAGGUAAUUUUUUUUAAAAGAGGGGGCUGCAUUUUCUCAUGCAUUGGUUGAGGGCUGGCAGUAGGAAUGGAAAUUGCAAGUGGAUAGGAAGCCGUUUCACUCAUAGCCUGUUUCCAGACUUCCCGGCAAGGCUUAUUCUUAUGCAAGUUUGCUUUUCAGCACAAAUUCUAACAUAUCUCAAGUUUGCCCUAAAAUUACUUUUAUUCAUUG